GAGAAAGAGGAUUUAUACGCAGUACUGUUAAGGCGUAAUAAUAUAUUCUCUCCGCCUUCUUUAAUAAUGGUAAACUGUUCUCUCCACCAUCUUCGCCUUCCGUCGCUUCUGGAGGCACUCACGCCUGACGCAAUGACUACACUACGGUAGAAGUACGCUACAUAUAACAGGGCCUCCCUAGCCGGUCGCACAAUAGUCGCACGGCAAAACGCGCCAAGCCCAAACAAAUGAGACAGGCCAUUCCCAUGGGCCGCCGGCCUACUGUCGUAGGAGAUGGAUUCCCUCGCGUCUUAACCUAUCCCAUCCUAUCCCAUGUCGAGGCCGGGCGCCACGGUCUUGAAAGAUGCAGAAACUUGGCAGAAAAAUCGCUGGCCCAAAUUUUUUGCUUUGUUGCACCGUUUGCGGGAGGUUGUGCAAAGUUUCUCGCAGGGGGUUGCGCUGGGGUUUCGUUGUUGUUGUUUCUGUGGUUUUGCCCAUGUUGGCCAAGGUGUUCGCAGUCGGUGCCCUGUGUGUGUUCUGAUCGGUCAGCCUUCGCUCCGUGUUCCCUCGUUAGGCAGUGGGCUGUAGCUUGCUCGUGUUCUUUUGGGAAGUGAGCUGUUGCCGUGUGGAGGUUCUCGGACUUCGUUCGCAAGUAGGUAAAAGCACUCCUUCGAUAGUGGCGGGGUAGAGUCGUAGCGAGGUAGCUGAUUACCGUUAUGCCAGAUAUGGCGCAGUUUAUUUUUUAGAGUAGCGCGAUACUGUAGCCGAUGUAGUUUCAGUGGGUCUCAAGAUCACGACUGGAGAGGCAGACCCCUGUCGUGCGAAAGAGUGGGAGAGGAUGCCACUAGCCUGCCCCAUGUGCUUCGUCGCCAAUGGUGGAAAACGCAAGAAGGAGCCGCUUUCUGUGUUGAUGAAUAGACGGAACGACAAACGAACUCGAAAAGCUGCGCCCGAUGCUGCUGCAGCAGCGGAAGCAGCUGACGAAAAUGGGCGGGGCUUGGUGGAUGCCUUUUGGGCAUUUGAGGGAGGGCGCAGCUGCGGUUGAUUCUUUCCCGGAAGAUCAGCAGCAUCGGGCGGCGGCGUUGGGGUGUUUGCAGCUAAGGGCUAGCGCUUGGACCAGAUUCGUGAACGAUAAGCGGACCCGUAGCGCCAUGCAGUUGCUGCUGGCUGGUGGGGUUAGUCGUGGGACGUGGGUCGCGCACUUCUUGCGCCUGUGGUUGUGAUGGUUAAGGGACUCAAGACGCGACAGGGCCUUGGUAUCAGCCGGCUAAUAUCGUACGGCCGUGCUGCGUUGGCGAUCGUGGGGGUGGACCGUGGGCGAAUGGAAGUACAUACUUACUGCGCCUCGCGUUGGGUCAUCCACCUCCUGCCUGCAACUGUGCAACGGAUACAGGAGCAGCAAGCCAGCUGGCGUGGGUGGUGUGGAUGGCUCGCCAUGUGCCAAAGGGCGCCCCGAUCUCGUUUGCCAGCCGUUGCAGCAUGACGCAUGAGGGGCCCGCCUGCUGUCAGUCUGCUGCGCAUAGCUUCCCGCGAAGUCUUGGCGCUUUGCCGUUUGCUUGGCUUUGAGUUCGAUAAGCGGCGCCACUGUGUGGCACGUUCGCGCUGGCUUUGGCUUAAGAAUUUUAGCCGCUCCGCUACCGCCGGGGUUUGGCGUGAUUUCUCUGAAGGUUGUUAGUCAUUUGCUGGGGCAUUUUUUGGCGCAGCUUUCAGAACAAAGAACCCAAUCCUGGCGAGGGUCGUAGAUUGCUAGGAGCUACAAGCGCUGAAGUGUGUUGCUUUUAUAGGGAUAGAAAGCAACACCUGAAGGAAGGGGCUUCUUCGAAUAGGGAGAGCCGCAACGACUGGCACCGCCGCCAAGUUUCAGCCUUUCCGCUUUGUCUGGAUUCCAGAAAGGCAGCAGGUGGCCCAGGAGAGUCUGCCGGACAUGUUGGGGGCACAGGUGGCGGAGAGCCUCGCCAACUUGAUUGAAGGCGCGCGGGGUUUGGGGAGGCUUUGCGAGUUUCCAGCCUGUGGCAUCACCAAAACGAGGAAGAAUAGUCCACGGGGAUGCAGAUUCGACCGGCAAAAAACGGCUUGGCCAAGUGGUUCGAGGCUGCUGGCAAAGCAUGGCGUCCGGGGGCCACUCUAUCGAAGUACUAGGUAGGCCCCCUGCUUGGGUGCGCUGGCUGACAGUUUUGAUUGCUGCCAUGCGGCUGGUGCUUGUGUGGGCUCGGGGGGGAAGACUUCACGGCCCAGGAACUUGCUGUCGUGCGGGUGCGCUAGCUUCUUUGCACCAUUGGAGAAACUAGCACAGAAAAAGGCUUGGGCCCACUAGCUGCCCAGGCUUCAACCUCGUCGAAGACUACAAGAAUGACGCAGCAGAAGGAUGCAGGACUUUGAUGGGUUUCAGUUCAAUCCUGCGGCGACGGAGCGCGAUUGCACUACUCUCGCCGAAAGUAUGUCGCUGCAUUGUUUGAAGGGGCGCCUACUGCUUUGGCCAGAGGACCAGCGAGAGGAGCAGCUAGCCCGCGUCGUGCCUCUUCUGGACAGGUGCACGCGAUCGACAGCAGGAGUGAAGCAGCGGGCUGACGUCUGCAAAUCACAACAACGCACGCCAAAGCAGUGGAAGGGGCCAGAUUCAACCAGUAGCCAAGUCUGCUGCUGGGUGCUGAAGUGCGCAUGGGAAAACGAACCGGCAACCAUCGAGGCGGCUGAGGUGGUAGAGUCUGCAAAACCAGUGCGCCGGCGGGUGAGGACCGCGGAGGGCUUGAAUUGGUCGGCAGAAAUGGCCGGAGCUUCUUACGGGAACAGCCGCGACAGGGUGGAGAAGGUGGGGGAGCUUAAUAGUGUUGGCCGCAGCACUUGAGCGCGUGAGAACUUGGAGCGGGGGGCGGUGCCGUGCUGUCUGCGAGAAGCAGCAGAAAAGGGUGAGGGAUAUGCUGACGAGGUAGAAGAGCAAGACUCUGACACAGAGAACCUGGAGGAACAGCAGAGGCGUGAGCGCGAAGAGCGGCGAGAACUCCUCGCAGCAUGAGAGCAAGCAGCGGCGUGCAAAGGGGCGGAGGCUCGUGGCAAGAUGGUAGGGCAGCUUCUGACGCUGACUGGCGCCGCCGCUCGCGAGGGCUUCUGCGUGGGGUGCUUCCACUGGUGUCGAGCUUGCAAGGGUCUGAGGCUGGACAUUCUGGGCACCCGCUCGCGCUCGCGGGAGCAUUCGGUGACAGCUAGCGCCUUAGGGGAGCUUCUUGCAGCGAGGAGCGCAGGGCGCAAGCGCCGGAAGGAGUCAAUCGCCAGAGGCAGAAGACGCAGCAAGAAACGGGCACCAAGGUGCAGGCGGUUCGGCUGCGGCGGCAUUUAUGCAAAAGCUGGGCGCCGUGUGCUUCCAAGAGUAUGAGGAGGCAGCACCAGACGACGUGGAAGAAGAUGACGAAGCAGGGCCAGCCGAUGCUGCGCAGCGCGUAGCGGCGCCAGGAGGUGCGCCCCGUGAAGCUUCUCGCUCUCUAGUCUGUGCGCAGCAAGGUGGCGACCCUUUUGAAGAAGGUCCUCCUCCUAAGUGGUUUACUGAUUGUUGUAUGGAUCUUCGUGCGGGUGGUUAGGGUGAGAAAUAAGGGGAGUAGAAGGCGGAGAUGGGGCGUCUUAUGUGGAUCCGCUGGAGCGAGUGGCCGCCCGAAGGGUCUCUUUGAUCUACCUGGUGCGCUGUGGGAUAAUAUGGUAGCAAUCUACCGCGCGUCUUUGCAAUUUCAUCAUGCUGAUGGGGAGCGCCAGGCGCAGCUCAAGCGCGUCGGAGGUGCGCUAGAUGUCAUGUCGAAGGACAGGAGUCAACUACAACCGAGAAAGCGACGGAAGCGGUGCAGGAGCAGUCUCCGUUCAGCGUGUCCGUAUCCGAAGCAGGUCUUAAAUCGAAACAGACGCAGGACUUGCAGGCAUGUGAUGCAUGGCAUGAAAGGCACCCAGUAGAGGGCUGGAAUCUACAGCAUUUCUCCGGAUGAAUAAGCUUGGGAGUCCACUGCGAAGGGUGGAGGCAGCGGCUUCAAGCCGCUAGGUAUUUGGCUUGUUUGCGUGUCGUCUAAAGUGGCACCACUUUGGUCCCUCGCUUACUCUAUUGCUAUUGGGCUAUCUUUAACUUUAUGGCCUUGUCGCUUGCGUAGUCUUUGGCGAAAGAAAUGCGCCUAACAUCAAAAGCGUGCGCUUUGUCUUAUUAUCUUGCAGAUUCCGCGUUCUCUUUAUGGUUAGCCCAGGGGCCUGCGUUGCAGGUGAGUGAGAACCACUAAAGGCGCGCGCUACCUGGAUGAAUGUCAGCGCGGAUCCUAAUGGAGAGGCGUUCGGCCCCGAUGAAUGAGCGUCGUGGAGGGUGAGUGCGCGAGUGAAGGCACGCCCGUCGCGUCUUCUCCACUUGAAGCGGAGCCAAGUGGUGCCUUGUCUGAUAUGAGACGCCAGGUCUGCCCUAGACUAGUCAGCGAAAAGAAUGAAACUCGAAAACCGAAAAGCUUUCGCUCCAGUCAAUACCCGCUGGGGUCGUCGUUUUUAUUUCACUUCGCUAGCUUCUUCGUAACGUUUUAAGCUUUCCAGUGCCUAAAGUUCGCCUAUAGUAAUUGCACCACUCCCAGCGACGACUUCGCAACUAUAAGCAAAAGACAUGGCGGACGAUGCGGACACUGAGACGGAGCAUCAGCUUCGCCCAGUCGAUUACGCCGGAGCUGAUACCCAAGGCAUCAGUCAGGGCCUGACUCUCUCUGACAACGCAGGCAGGAGCGAGGACCCAGGAAGAGGCGGCCUCACCUAAGUAAUUGAACGCCGAGCAGAAAGAGCGACACUGGCGCCGCAUCUUCUUAAAAAAGAAACUGCAACUAGCUCAGGGCGCCGGUGCGAUACGGGAACAAUUAGAAAAAGCGAAAGGCGCUCCCUUUCCCCUUGCCCCUCUCUCCAAUAAGCCCCCGCAUAGUGUACAUCCCGGGACGCCACUGGCUCGGGCGUAUGCCUUGGACAAGGGGGGCCCGCGAAGUGAGUGCUCUAGGGCUGGGGCUUGCGGGCACUGAGCCCCAGCAAUCUUCUGAGGUAGACUGCCAGAAUGUCGGAACACUUUAAAACGACUGAAACCGCUAAAACAUCUGAACUGGGAAGGGGGCCGCGCAUUAUUGUCCAGCGGGAUCUUGAGAAAGGGCGAAACUUCGGACACUUGUCCUUAUUAUAUUGCCGCAAACAAUUAGUCGCGCGCGAGUAAAAAAUAGCCUUUCGCUUGCAGAGCGAAACUGGCAGGCCAAGCUGGCUGGGGUCCUUUUGGUGUCACAGGAACGACAUAGGCUAGCCUUAGCAUAGUGCGCGCGUUGUCUUCCCAACCUAGCAGAUUCCUAUAGCGCACGUUUUUAAGUGGUAUGGCUGUCGUACUUUGCUGAUUCGGGUGAUGACGUAGGUGCCAGCCCUUUGCGCUCUAAAUUAUUUAUUUCUGGCUAUCGCAGAUCCGUGGCGUUUCGACAAUGAGGCGCCGCCGAUUAUAGCGGGCAAGCCAGGCGGAACCGAAGCGCGCUACGAGCCGUCUGAGAUGAAGAGAUGAGAUCGAAAGGCCUGCCACUGCUCGAGGGUGGCGAUAAUUCAGGCCGGGAAUUCGAGAAGGCGAGAGCCAGAAGGCGAAUAAUCGCAGAACUGGAAGGAGAAGGCGCACCGGACGGGACUGGGCAAAAAGCGACAGCGAGAGGCUGCUGCCAGCUGAGGCAGCGUCCCGAAGUAAGGAGGCGACCGCUUCAGGAAAGGUGGGCGCCGCGUCCCCGACAGAGGAUCCAGCGUCCUCGAAGCAAGCGGUGGCAGCACAUCUGCUAGAGCAAGAUAGUGCGACACCGGGUGGGCCGUCGGCGUCAUCUGAUGCAUACGCAUCGGAUUAGCUGGCACUUAGUGGGGUGGAAGUCGUCGACCAGCGCUCUGUCAAAUGGGUGGGAGACAUCAAGUCGGCGCCCUUGAAACUGAUGCAGCACCACAGCGAAGCCACGACGCCAAUGAGGACGGGACACGACAGAGCGGCGAAAGCCGAAGCGGCAGAAGAUAACUAAGAGAAGUGGCUUUGCGAAAUGAGACUGCAGCUGUUUUCGCGAUCGACGGCCAGCGUAUGCUUAAUCCAUUUAAUAGCAAGCGAGACCACUAGUGACGACACAGCACCCGCUAUACUGCAGACUCCUGCCCACGUAGGCACCGUGACGGAAUGUCGGACAGCGCGCAUGGUGUUGGGUCUGAAGAACGUGGUAGCAGGAUCGCGCGAGGCCAUGUCGGGCCCCGAAGUGGGUGAUGCGGAAUUUUGGUCCACAAAGGAGAGUCGGGCGCCAGUGGCGGCGGCUAGUAGUGUCAACACGUCGAAGAUGGCGGACAAGCUGGCCAAGCCCUUACGGACUUGCAUCGUUCGAGGAGACGGCGGGCGGGCCAAAAGCAGCGGCGCCGAAGAAGAGGACCGACGCCAUCAAAGAGCCAUCCAUCAAGAACACAACGGCGGCAGGCUACGCAAGCACGCUCAAAGUGGCUUGCCAGUUAGCGGGCAGCGUGACCAUGCUGCCCCCGAUAACGUCAUCGGAGGUAUGCGAGGCGUUCGCGACGGUGGUGCGCGACGCUUGCUUGGCUCAGCGUAAGGGCGUGGCGGAGGACGACGGGCUGCACAAGGGCAAGGCACGCUGGAGCGUCAUGAGCUGAGUUCUUGCGGCAGUUGGCUACCACCAUGAGGCGCAUUGCCCCCAGAUUGACUUGGCGGCAAUCGCAAGGGCGAAGACCAUCAUCCGGCUGCGUGAAGCAUUAGAGAAGGCGCGCUCCCACUGCGUCACUGAGAAGAGGAACGCUUUAAAUUGCGCACAAUUCGCACACCUGCGCAAGUUUUUGCUUGCUAAAGUCGGAAAGUGUUUCAGACUAAAUUCAAACAAAUCUGAUCACUUCUUCGUGGGGAUGUAGCAAGCACAGAGCCAAGGUUGCGCUGCGUCGUUGGUGGCGGCCAACGAGCUGCACAGAUUCGGAGCGUUUGCGCGCACUUUGUUAGCGUUGCGAGUGGGGCUCCUCGGAGAGCGGCGGCAAUCCGAAUUGUAUGGGCUGGAAUGGUCACGCGUGGAGGCGAAAGCUGGCGGCUCGUUGGCGUUAAAAAUAGUCAAAGCGGAAGCGGAUAGGCUAGCCCUGGGAACCACAGCAAUUGCAGUCCCUCCUCUUAGGCACGUCCCCCCCAUCCCCGAAGGCGUUGGCGGACCGACACCAUGCAGGAAGCGCGGGGCUUCCUCAUCAAGGAAAAGCAUGGAAGCAAGCCAGCCGCGCCGACGUGUGACGACCAGGACCGCAUCGAUUUAGUCAAAGGCAAGCAGGUGGAACGCGUGAAGGGCUACGUCUUCGCCAUCCUCAGCGCCGCUCGUAUGCGAAUCAACGAAGCCUCGUCGAUUAGCUUCGGCAGCUAUCUGAUGCAACAAAUAAAGGAAGCUGAUAGAUCUAGCACAUCUCGAAAAGAAGAAGAACUAGAGAAGAGCGGCACUCCAAGAAUGGCGCGUAGGCAUAAAGGCAUCAGGCACGUCAUUGCGUUCACAAUUCAACAGAGGCGCUGCCUUGAAGUUCGGUGGACUGAGCAACGAGGCCACCCCACUAGAGAAGUUCUAUGCCAAACCGAUGCGGAAACAGCUCUCGCGGGUAUCCGCGUCCAUAUUUAUUAGGGAGUCUGGAGCAGGUGCGCGGCUUCGACGUCCUAGCAGGUGGGUUCACAGACUCAACGUCGGAAGGGCAGAGCCUGGAGGCCUUCGCAGCGGCUCGGCCGCGGGUGAAGGUGGACGCGCUGACUUCGGGGGUAGGCAAAUUAGCGCACCUAGUGGGACCGAAGGCGCGGAGACAAGAUGGCUAGUCGGGAACCAAUGGGAAAACUGGGGGGAGCUAGUGAAGCAGCCCAGGUUCUCGGGUUUGGUCUUCGACUCCAAGCAGUUACCUAGACACUGUGACCGAUGGCAUGACUCUCAGCAAGAAGCAAGGGCUUUCCGCGUGGGCGUGAGACGCCCCGAGCAAACAAGUACAAGUUUGCUUGUCGUUAUGAAAUUAACAAACUCCGCCCGCGUGGGCAAGGAGUCGAAGCAAAGAAAACAAUGCCUAUGAAAGACGGGCCAACUUGCCUUGAUUUGUGUAAGUAUGUAAAUACGCAGUCAUUUAUCUUAAAUGGCCAGUCCUUCAUCCUUCUACUCGCAUAGCGUAGGACCCAAGUGCGUCUUUUCAUUUGUGUGCUCCGUCUUUUCCGAAAGGUAUUAAAUGAGUCAAGUGGCGAUCUUUUAAUCGUUUUAACUUGUCGAGCGAAUAGGUGAGAGAUGAAGACGCGGACUCCAUAUGCGACCAGACGGAUGCUACUUAGUGGAGCGAUCUCGAGCCUCCUUUUGUUCGAUAAGAUAGCGGCUAUUUGUAUUGCUUUUCCAAUAGGUCCUUCUCAAUAAAGAUCUGGAGCUUCUGUUUCAGAUCUGGGAAGCAUUUUGCUUGUGUAGUGCUCUUUUGCACCUUUUUGGAGUGGGGUGAUCUCUUCGCUCUCUCCUGAGCUAUCUAGUCUGGCAGAUAGUCACUCUAAGACCUCUAGGAUGAUCUCUAGAUGCCGAGUAGUCACCUUGUGCUGUAGAUGGUUCCACCACGCGGGGAAAAUGGGGCUGAUCUAGUCGCGAUUCUAGAGUGUGAUCUAGGUGUGAUCUGUCGUAGGUCUAGAUAUGUCUCUCGUACGUGUUUGGUAUAGCCUUAUCACGCCGCAAGAUUAAUUAGAUCGCGAAAUAUAUGAUGAGGCCGCACCUAUUUCGAGUAAAAUGAAAGGACUUUUUGAUUAUUUAUGAUUGUCAGUAUGUUGGCAGACCCCCCCUGUAAUUCGCGAAUUAGUCGUCUCGAUUAAGGUAGAUUAGAUUAGUCGCGGACUACCUAUAUUCGGCUGUAGUUUGUUCGGCCGGAGAGUCUGGCCCGUGAGGAAAGACUCCAAGCAAUAGUCUGCUAAAGACUAUGUUCGGAGAACUACCAGUGAACUUCUGCUCCAAAGUAUGCCUAGUAGAAAUAGGCCUCGGUGCUGGUAGGGGCGGUGUAACGGGCCCACCAACUCCGAUGUCAGACCGGCUUAACUCGGGUCUGGACUGGUUGACCGAUAAAUGAGUGUUCGCUGGCGGUCCACUCGGUUCCAUUACAAAUGCUGAGUGUCCUGCUAGUUGUUCUGUCACUCCAGGCUUCGGAAGAGCGGAACUUGCACUAGCGGCUGUCGAGUGUCCGCGGAUUCCUGAAGUCGAAGGUCGCGCCGGUUGAUAAACCGCAGACGACGGGAUGGCUGUAUCUCCAUGACCUGCUCCUAAGCUCGGGACCCCGCCAGGUGGGAGAGCUGGCGCGUAUAUCAGGCGAGUAGACGGCGACUCAGGAGCCAGUCCUGGGGGAUAGUGCGAUGGUAAGCUCGUAGUGCUGAAGUGCGGAGUUCGUGAAAUCGCCUCAGCUUUCGGUGCAUUCUGUGGAGCAAGACCUUGCGCAGAUGAUACUACUGGGUCGCUCCGGCCGGCUGGCGGGGCAAAGUCACUACGUAGCGCGGCGAAUGAACCGCCUGUAACUGGUGGGAAAGGCGCCGCUGUAUGUCCAGGAAUAGGCAGGCGACCACAAGAUUUCCGAGGUCUGACAACACGCCAUCCAAGUUCGUCAGGUUUCGUAAGCGUGUGUCGGACCUUGGAUAUACCUGAAGGCGCGACCGUAGGAGACAAAUACUCCGCACCACUUCCGGGUGACGCUAGCAUCUUGCCCUUGUAGCCAACAGAGACACGCUCAAUGCAGAUCGAACUGCCCUCACUACACCAAAGGUCGUCGGCUCCUUGUUGUUUAAACCGGUCCCAGGCCGCUGUCCAAAGCCGGAGAGACUUUUCAGAAGGGAACUCCAAAUGAUGCCUCAUCCUCUCACUGCGAGUAGCGCGUCCUGCGGAGAACGCAGCUCCAAGCAAGACUCCGCGCAGACAAGUCAAGACGGACGUCGAAACAGUCCCGAGCGACGUUUUCAAAAUAGCGGUAGUGCGGGUCAAACACUGUUCCAGGAGUUUUCUGUUAUCUCGUUGCGCAUUAUUCUGAGGAAUGAGAACGUCAACCCGAGGUAGUGAAUAGUUGUCACCGGGCCUUCCGAGGUGCGUUUCUCCUGUUAUCCAUACUGGAAACCCAGAGUUAACCGCAUCUGAAAACAGGUCAUCGCAGUCUCUCGCCGCAAAGGCAUCUAUUCUUCCUGAACCUUCAACUACUACCGGUUCCAAUUUAGCUUGGUGUUCUAAAGGGUCACUUCGGACGCUUCGCUCUGUGUGAAGGUCUUCGAGAAGUGUGCAAAGGCGACCGGGGUCGUCCCGGCCGUCAGCACUCGGAUAAACAUCGACGCCCAGGUCCACCGGUCCGUGGAUGUUGGGAUGGUGGCCUCGAGUCGUCCUUGAACCUUGGUCAGAGCAUUGGUUCUGUAAUGGCGAGUUCGGCGGAUCGGGGAGGUCUUCAAACUCGCCGACCGGCUCCAGUCGAUGAUCUUGGCAAGAGCCCACAGCUAGCUCAUAUCCGAAAUUUCGGGAUGGCACUACGCCCGCUCUUCUGGAAUUCGGACUGUCGUUCCGAACAACCGAGCCGCCCUUCCACACAUGGCGGCAGUCAGCACGUGUUCGAGAGGCCGAACCACUACUCUGUCCAGGAUAUUGUAGGGUGGAAUCUAUUGCAGGCGGUUGCGGCGCUACAGGUAGGCUUUGAGCUCCAGUAGAGGGCCGGGCCUCAAGUCGUGCAGUAGCAUCAUCGAGGAUGUCCUGUCUGCGCUGGAAUUCCGCCACUUGGUCCGCAAAUUUCUUUGAAAACUCGGAGCGGAUCUCUCUUCGAGCCUCUUCGAGAAGAAUCGUCUUCCAAUCCUCCAUUUGUAGCUCUGGCAUUUGCGUCAGAUCUCUACUUCCUUGAUGUUGAGCGUGACUUUGAUCAGCACCUACAUUAGAUGUGCGGCAAUCUGCACCACGGCUUGUCGCGCCGUCGGAAGACCUAAGGCGAGGAGCUUUAGGAGCGUAUCUUCGAUUUUUAACGACGAAAGUAGGCGGAUUCGCCGGCUCCUGACCCGUCGGCUGCUGGCCCGAUCGAACAUCACACGCGGAGGCGAAAGAUGUUGGAUACACAAUGUCUGAAUCCGGAGAAGCGCUUGGACGCACCUCCGUUCCCUGCGAAGUUAGCACUUCAAUGUCCGUAAGAUCGUCACUUUCACCAAACAAGCGCUGCCCGACUAAAGUAUCUCCCUGACCCGUUUGAUGUCGGAGUGGAGGUAAGUUUGUCGAAGUGCGCAAAACAGGAGUAAGAACCGGAGACCCAUCAUCCCGCUCACUGAUAGGGGAAAGGUUCGAAGCAGGAAGCUGCGGGGCAAACGGAGGCGGAGCUGCAGAGGGAAGAUCAGUCUCAGAAGCGCCACGCGGGUUCGGAGACUCGAAAAGUCCGCUAUCCUGCAAGCCGGAAGGGUCAUCGGAGAUACCCAGCCCUUCGAGAUCAGCCGGACUUUCAUCAACUCGGGCCCCCUGUAAGGUCAGGCUCGGGGUGAAUGGGUUCCGUAUCGGCCGGCCCGAUGUUGUCGUCUCGUGAGUGGGCAUUCUUUUAGGUCUAUCUAUAGGCUCUAAUAUAACGCAAAGUAGAUAUACUAGAGACAAUAAAGUGAGGAUGCAAAUAUUCGUAUAAAUGCAAACCUGGCGUGGCAGAUAGUAUUCUUAAGCAGAAACUAUAAGCCGGCAAAUAAGUCAGAAAUAAACCAGAUUGAUAAAUAUAAAUCAACAAAGGGCGCAAGCCUCUAUGCUGUGCCUCGAGAUAUCCGCUUGUCCGCCAAGACGCCCGGAUAAACUCUAUUACACCAGAAUGCACAGGGUAUGUAUUACACGGUCGACGGGGUGAGCUGGCUAGACUCACAACCAACGCGCGUUAUGUAAUACAACGGUAAGUUUUAGGGUUUCUAUAAUGUAAGCACCACUAUGCCAGCGCUACUAUAACUACAUUAGUACCCAAAUUAUGGCACUAGUUGCCAGCAUCGUUCUCCACCACUUGAACCAAUUAAGAGCACACAGUUAAAACAUCUAAAGUGGGGACGUGUCCCUAGUGGCAACACUACCUAGAAAGGCGUGCAUCUCGCGUCUUUUAAAAUAUGGAUAAUUCCGGUACAAAUAUUCGAUGGUGACAAAUGUAGCGCGAAGGCAUCUCUAAAGGUUUCUCGUCGACAAAUGUCGCAAAUAAGUGCACUUUCGUGCUGUGGCUGGUCUGACCAAUACACAAUCAACACAAACGAGAAGUCAGACGCUAUAUGCGGAUGACCUUGAGUACAAUCCUGAAUCUUGAGAGUCUUUGUGGCAAAUCGGCCGUGAAUCAUGUGCGCUUGACAAAGAAGACAAUGCUUGUGAAAGACGGCCAAUUUGCCCUUGAUUUAUAUAAUUGUGUAAACAUGAGGCCACUUAUCUUAAAUGACCACUCCGCCACUCUUCUACUCACAUAGCGUAGGAUCCAAGUGCAUCUCUUCACUCGUGUGCUCCAUCUUAUCCGAAAGAGAUUAAAUGAGUCAAAAUCAAAUAUCGGUCUUUGAAUCAUGUUAACUUGUCGAGCGAAUAGGUGAGAGAUCAAACGCGAUUUCCAUAUGCGAUCAAACGAAUGCUACUUAAUGGAGCGAUCUCGAACCUCCUUUGUUCGAUAAGAUGGCGACUAUUUGUAUUGCUUUUUUUUCAAUAGGUCCUUCUUCAGUAAAGAUCUGGAGCUUCUGUUUCAGAUCCUGAAAGCAUUUUGUUUAUGUAGUGCUCUUUUUCACCCUUUUGGAAUGGGGCGAUCCUUUCGCUCUCUCCUGAGCUAUCUAGUCGAGCAGAUCUGCGCUCUCUGAUCUCUAGGGCGAUCUCCUCUAGAGUGUGGUCUUGAUGUGGUCUGUCUUAGAUCUAGAUAUGUCUCUCGUACGUGCUUGAUGUGGCCUUAUCACGCCGUAAGAUUAAUUAGGUCUCGAAAUAUAUGAUGAAAUCAUACCUAUUUCGAGUAAAAUGAAAGAAUUUUGAUUAUUUAUGAUUGUCUCUAUCAAGAUAGAUUAGAUUAGUCGUGGAUUACCUAUAUUCCGCUGUAGUUCGGCCGGAGCGUCUGGGCCUUGAGGGACGAUUCCAAACAAUAGUCUGCUAAAGACUAUGCUUGGAGAACUACCAGUGAAUAUAUAGUCUCACAAAACUGUUGCGAGUUGGUUGCUUCCAAAGUUUACGGCGCCGAGAAUCCAGUCGCGGACGCACUCUCUCGCUUUGGCGAUAUUGUUUCAUCGAUGAAGGAUGACAUGCCCGAGCGGUUUCUUUCGCCGAGGUGUUGGAACAUUGUCAAUCAAUCCUUCCCUGGAAUAGACACAGUAGCGAUGUCGUCCGAUGAGCACCAUUCGUUGCCGCAGUUGCAGUUUUCCUUCACACAAAAAGAAUCCCCGUUCCACAACGUGCAGCACCUUCUAGAUCCCAAAGCGUGGCGGUUUCCCCCUACCACCCUAAUAUACCCUGUGCUCAAGUUCCUGGCCAAACUCGUUACCAACGUACCGACCACCAGGCGUCCCAGAUUCGCAGUUUUAGUUCCAGUGCUGAGCAGCCAGUUUCUUCCGUUGUGCUCUCAACUAGUGCGAGGACCUACCUUCCGCGAAGGAUCGCAGAUGUUCCGGCUGGGGGAUGGCAAGCGCGAUAUUCCUUCGGACACGUCCUACAUCGUCUUCUCUUCUGUGUCGUCCGACGAGUGGGGCCAUGAGUAUAGGCCUUCACACCACUUGCUGCCACAGAUGGAAUUAUUGCUCCGCAGUGCGAGAUUUAGAGUCUCCGCCAAUCUUCGAGACAAAGUGGCUCUAGGUGACAUUUCAGCUGCAGAGCAAGAUGUUAUUUUACACGUCUGCUGCUGCGUCCCUACCGAUCCCAUCGGCGUAGCCAAAGAUAUUUUCCGUAGUCACCCUCACGCUUGCUGCGAAACCGUUUGGUUCGUUCGAGCACAGAGGCAGGAUAAUCAAUAUAUACUCCAUGUACUACAAGGGUCCGCCAUAUUUUCGUCCUCACUCGCACAUCGUCGAUGCAGCAGAGUCUCGGCUUAACCAUUUUUCUUCUUGUAUGCAGCAAAUACCACUGCACCUGGCAAGAGCGAAUAUCUCCUCCGCAGCGGUCCCGCUAGAGAUAGGCGUUGGCCGUUGUGGAGGGAAAGUCAUCGACUACGCACUGGCACUCGGCCAGUUUGUCAGAGAUUGCGAGAAGUUGCACAUUCGUGUCGUAUUUUACCAAUUGCCCUCGGGGCGUUGAGCAUUAUUUUGCCUAUUCUGGCUUUUCUUAUUCUCACGAUUCAUUCGUCAUUCAUGGUUCAAAGCGAUUGGAUACCGCUAGUGGGCUAGUCUGUCAUGUUGGCAGAUCUAGCAAAAUAGUACACACCUCAUUUGUCAGCGCCUUCAUGUAUGCGCCUCAAUUAUUGUUAUGCAAGAAUAGCGAAGGUGUUCGACAUAAUCUAAUUGGGGUGCGUGCUACCUUUUGCUGACUAUCGGCAUCCUCUUUCUUCUCAUCCUCGUACUCAUCCUCCUACUCGUAUUCUUGGGGGCUGCGCAUCCUACACGCAGCGUAUGUGAUUGGCCAUUACAUGCGGUAUUCGUAUUCUAUUCGUACUCAUAUUCAUUCGUACUCGUACUCAGUAUUCUUAUUCGUACUCGAAUUGUAUUCACAUACUCAAGCACUCUACUCUUUCUUUUUCUUUCCCUCCCACCCUCUCCUUUGUUUUCAUGGCACACUCGCCCACCUGCGGUUUCAAUCGCGCACCCGUUGGCGCCUGGCUUUUCUUAUUCUCACGAUUCAUUCGUCAUUCAUGGUUCAAAGCGAUUGGAUGCCGCUAGUGGGCUAGUCUGUCACGUUGGCAGAUCUAGCAAAAUAGUACACGCCUCAUUUGUCAGCACCUUCAUGUAUGCGCCUCAAGUAUGGGCGUCACUGCAAAGAAGUGCACGGAGUUCCAGGCUUUCUUUGAAUGCAGUGAAGCUAUGAACGCUAUGGGGCUUUCGGGUGAGUGCGUUGGGGUGUUGGAGGAGCUUGCGGCAGCGCCAAACUGCGACGAGCUCUUAUCUCUCAAGUAGAGCCGCCAACUACUUCGGGGCGGAAUAAGAUGGGGGGUCUCGGGUGGGGCAGGCUCUUACGGUGAUUGAUGGUAGCAGUAGGCCCCACUUCUUAGCGAAUCUCUCGAGCCGUCUCUCUUCAGUAUUCACAGGUCGGCGCCCUGCGACUAGCGCGCUACGAUAAUUACGCAACAGGGUUAGGCUUUUCGUUGUCGUCUACGUUGCGUCCCGGCAGCCGAGUCGUGAUUCGCCGAGGGUAUGCGAAAGUAAGGGUUUGGAUUUUCUUAAGAAAAGAGAGCGACCCGCCCCAAGGUUUAAAAGUCAAAAAGUCAACUCUUGAAAGUAAAAAGGUUAGAAGCCUCAAGGCUUACGCAUGUGGAGCCUCCGGCAUGUGAGUAAUUGCGUAGCAGUCAGGAUCUUAGUGCUGGCUAUCUGUGGCUUAUGUAGUGUCUCCGAGUAUACAUAGGGACGCGCUGGGCUGUUCGUUGAAUUUCGUCGACUUUUUUGACCAAGGGAGGCUUAGCACCUUCUUACGGGUGUAAGUAUAAACUUCGCGGCUUCUAGAGGUGUCCUCUGUCUAAUGGAGCUGCCUAUGGAACUUGUGCAAAGGGGGAGCGGACUGGGCCUGGUGGUUCUUGGCCAUCUUUCACGUAGAUCGUCGGCCGUUCGCUUGGUUGUCGGUCUCGUUCGUAGUAGGCGUCUCCGCUUGCCUCUGGAGAGUCUCAGGGGGCGGCCAUCGUUUGGAAAGUAUGGGAGUCGACCUCGCUGGAAACUGAUCAAAAGGGCCGCGCUAGAGGGGGCAGACCGUGGGCGUUUUUAUGACUGGCUGUCUGAAGUAUGUGAGUCGCGGUCGUGGUCGUUUUUAAGCGUCGGCGAUGAGCGGCAAAGUUAGCAAUAUCCCAAAACAGCCUCCAUCGCUUUCCAUCUAUUUGCUAUCCUUUCACUGUAUUGAUUUGCCUAAACUCGGCCACGUACAGCAGGGGCUGACCUUAUUGGUUUGGCUCUUUCGUUCGCAUUCUUCCCACGCUCUCACGAGGCGAACAAAAUGCCAGCCGCAAAGUCUACUGCUGGCGGAAAGAUCAGACGAAGCGCCAGCUGCAGCGCCAGCCUGCUUGCGAUAAUAUGGCGGAGGCCAUUUGGGGGGCGGGCGGGCGCGCCUCGGUGUGCUUUUUUGAUGCUUUUCGUGGCUCUAUUGGCUUCAGUCUCGGCGAAGCUAUCUCCCGCAGGGUGAUAGGGUGCAACGUGCUGACAUUCAGUAGGAUGAUGGGACGAAUUCAAUCGGGUCAGAAAAUCGGGCCGCUAUGGUAGAAGGAACUCUCAAGCCAUACUUACUCUCGCAGACCCCUGAGGCUUUGUCGAUGGUGACGCAGAUGCCCCGCACAAAUCAACACGACAAGGGUCGGGCACUGGGUCGCAUCCGCGUGGCGGCUGAUGGAGAUGGUGCGGACUUUGUCACCCCGGAGGCUGCGCGUGUGGUGCUGGAGACGGAUUGCGAGCCACUGAGACUGAGCAAACGCAAGGAGCAGAACUCAACGCGUUGACGACUAUGAAGCUCGCGGCGCGCUGCUCUCUUGUGAUGAUGUCCGCCGGGAAUCGGAUGAAGCUCGUGGCAUUCUUUCGACUUUUCGCUUGGCGUCGCUGCUAAGCCUCCCCUAUAAUUUUCUCUCUUGCAGGAUCUCGUCUAGAGCUAGGUGAUAACAGUAGGCCGCCGCCCGUUUUGAUUUAGAGGCUGACGGUGAUUGGUCUAGGUCUUGCAAUGGAUUACGCUGAAGCUCGUCGGGCUUUAUCUACUCCGCACCGGUUAAGCUGGAGCAGAAAGCAGUCGGAAUCGUUACAGCUGUGACGCUGGAAAUGCCUUGCGUUAUUGGCAGCCGGUCGCAGAUCGCUGGGGCCAAGCGGAUGAAUACAAGGCCAAACUGGAGCGCAUUGCCGGGGAGUCUUGGCAAAUGGCUUGGACUCAGCGCAAGACAGAAGGCGGAGAGCUCAAAGCGACGCAAGCCGCGCAGCUUUGGCACUGUUGACACUUUUAGACUUUGUCUCCUAUCGGUGCCUCCCUUAGUUGUGCACCUAUUGAGCUUUAGUGGAGUUCUAUCACCUUUUAGGCUGUUUGUGCUGCUAGGAAAGGCUCCAGGGAUAGCGUAGGCGCAUGCGCUAACCUUGUAGGGCCAUCGCUGCACUGGUGCACCUGCGUGAAGUUCUUUCGUUCGAUCGAUUUCUUCGGAUUGAUGGGCCGCCUUCUCUUACUAUCGUCUGCAGGUGUGAAAGCUUGUCGGAUGGAAUGACCGCAGCAAGCAGCCGCGGGGUAUCUCGCGCGCGGUCCGUCUCUAAGUCUCGUCGGUCGCAAUCUGGAUAAGGAUAUGCGCGGCGAAUGGAUCCAAAACACCGAGACGAGCCGCAACGCCAAAGAGCCCAAAACUAACAGGGGCGGACUAUGCUACGCUUACGCGAUCGCCCACCGGGUAGCUUUCUUAGGUUAGUGGUGAUCUGGGAAGUUUGUUGCUCUUUGGUCGAGUCUUGUCGAGCUUAUUUAGCUAAGCUGAGCUCUAUCGCCGCGCGGCAAUGUCCGGCCAGCCUGGCGCACACUUGAAGGGCCAGCGACUAGAUGCCCAGUCCGGGCGUCGUUUUGGCAAUUCAGUUGCAUGAAAUGGACUAGCUUCGGGAGAAAUUCCUUUGCUGUGGUGAUUCUCUGCCCAUAUAUAGCAACUGUUUUGGUGUUUUUCUGUUGUUUUUGUGAGACUAGAGCUUGGCGAUUUGCUUGAUCCGCGUGUUGUUUGUUGAUAUUCGCUAGGGAGGCUGCUGCAAAGGUUUCCAUCCUUUUCACCUCCGUAAGUGAGCCCUAUCGCGGUUCAUCUUGAGGCCAGCCCGCUCGCCAGAAAUUGGCGGACCAGAUUGCGCCUGAGAUGAAAGGCGAAGCCUGGGAGCCUCUUGACGCUGCUCAUCUCAGCUCAUCGCUCGAGGGUUGCGGUCUGGAGCUGAUUGGCUUGCGCGGGGAGUUCGUGAAGCAGACCCCCGGCGUUUUCUUUGCAGUUUGCACAGUCUUGGGGUGCUGCGGGAAAGUUCUACGCUGAUGAAACCACGAGCCAAGAUCUGAAAGCGAUGGCACUGCCCUCGUUUGAAUUUGCUCUGUGUGUGGUUUUCAGUCGGUGGGUGUGGUCUUUUCUUGCUUUUUGUUUAGGUGUUGCUUGCAAAUGUAGACUGUGUCGGGCAUGAGUUGGCGUUCGUCGUCUUCUUUUCAUUCCUUUCCUUGGUGCAAUAAGUCAGCCACUCUAUGCGCGUUGUGUUGUCUUUCGUGUCAAGUCAUGCCAACAGCCAACACUCUACCAGAUGAAGACCGAUAGUGAUCUACGCAAGGCCUUCAAGCUCUGCAAGAGGGAGAACGGCCACACUGGUCUGGAGAGUAAGUGGACGAAAACGAUGAAGCCACGCCAGAGGAUCUGUGUAGAUAUCAACCCCCACCACUUCGAUGCUGUUAUCAAGCUGAGCGGCAAGGAGCUGAAUAGCCUGCCGCGCUUCGGAAAAGCCCUUGGGACUGCUUUACGGCAAGCAUCUGAGAAAGAGGCGCAGGACAGCCUCGAGAUGCUCUGCGCGCCUGCCAAGGUGAAGCGCGACACGCUUCCGGCUGACGAUCUUCGUGCCUUGACUGGUUUGCAGUUGUCUCCCUCGAUCACUGACGCCCUGAAGCUCUUGCUUGGCGUCAAGGCUUUUGCGAGUGCUUGCGCUGCAUGUGGAAACGUGACCAAGGCGGGGCAGGGCGAUACUGCAGAGCGUGAGCCUGCUAGUGCGAUGGCUACGGCCUUGACUGACGCAGAGGGCGCCGGCAUGUGUUAGGAGGUUUUGCAGCAGAUCGAACGCUUCGGGAAACAUAUCUGGGUGGAGCACUAUCAAGCAGCCACGCGCCUGAUCGUUCAGGGCCUGGAGAAUGCUGCGUCUGUUGUUCUGUUUUAUCGAGACAGUCACUAACAACUGCGAACCGCUUCGGCCGUUCGUGUGACUCGUGGCGAUUAUCUUCCUUGCAGUCUUUCACUCCCAAUCUGUAUCCACAGACACAGACAGCGCAGGCAACUUCUGAACUCAUUCGAUUGCCAUGCCUGGCAGCUAGGUUUUUGCUGUCUGACUCAGCGCCGGCCCCGUCUUAUGCUCGAUCCGCCUUCUCGCUUCAGGUCUUAGCGCUGCGGCUGCGGAGGGAAAGCUCAGCCCGUGGCGGUUCCAAGCAUUUUGCCUUUAUGUUUGCGCAGCAAUUGGGAGAAAAAGCACAGGGCACCCAAUCCGCGAGACUGAGAGCAGCAGCGCCAGCAAACGGCGGACAGGCGGCAGCUGGGGGCGUAGCCCUCGGCGACAGGGAAUGGCGACGGGGUGGAAGCUCCUAGCCAGUUCCCACGAUAACACGGCGCAGGUUCACAAGCUACACGACUAGACUUGUCACACUUGAAGUAACUGACUCACUUGCCGCGGCUGAUAAGUGCGGAGCGAUAGACUUAAGGCGGACUGGUCGAAGCUCGACAGACCCGGGACUAUGUGCAUUAUGAAAGCGCGCAGCGUCGCGCGUCUGGCCUCGAGCCUUCACGGAUUUGCCUGGUUGAGCAAAAACCUCUCCUCCAGUCUCCUACGAUAUUAACUAGCUAUCGCGGUAGUUAUUAUGGUCUUUCUUGUCAUUGGCUUCGUCCUCUUAUUCUUAAAGUAAGUCACUACGUCUCCGCUCUUCAAUGAGUUCGGUUGCCUUCUGAUGUUAUUACGAAUCUCUUGGUCGUGUAUAUAGGAACACUGUGCCAAGGGUGAACGCCGAAAAGUUGUUUUUUAGCCAAAAAACGCACACAAAGCCCAGGGAUCGGCUGGGCAGUAUUCGACCCAAAGUGAAAAGCUCCCACUCUGAGGCGAAUAAGGUACAAAAAGCGCAACUCAGAACUGAGGCGAAUACUGCCGAGCGGGUCCCUGGGCUCUAUGUGCGUUCUUUGGCUAAAAGGCCCCUUUUCUAAUGUCGUUUUUGGCAUAGUGUUCGUUCUUCCAUGUAGUCGCGCAUGCCCAAUCCAAUCACUGAACGGAGCUCCACUUGCCUAAAAUGUCGACACUGAUAAAAGACAUCCCAUCAGAUCAAAGGGCUGGCGCAUAGUCUUGAAAUCAGGCCUAGCGAUGGAAGCCACUUCAAAGAACCACGCCGAGAACCUCCACACCCUCAAGCAUUUCAAUGCGGGAAAGCUUUGCCAUUUACCUGGUGAAUGAGUGCACUAUCUAAGAGCUGAGCUCUCUAACCGUUCAAGAAUAACACAAGACCACGCCCCAACAAUAAGCGGCAGGCCAUGCGUUCACUUUGGGGCGCUGGCUCCUCUUCUGAGAAUCCACCUCCUUGUGCUGUUGCGUUUGCGUCCGUGUGGUCAUUUCUUUCGCUAGCAUUGAGCGAGGGAGGGGCACAGCUUGGGCGUAGGCCUUGGGGCAAGCUUCCGCAAGUGGUGGGGCAAAGAAAGGGCAAAACUUCGGGGAGGGUGUCGGGCACACGGGAUCAAGGGGGAAGGGACUAGGGAAAUAGGUGACAGGGCAUUGCUUAGAAAUUUCGAGACUGGGGUAGGGCAUCCAGCUCGGCUGCGGGCUUGUCGACGGGUGGCGAAGCCAAUGGGCUGGGGUGUGCCAGUGUGUUGCUUCGCCGUAUUGAGGGGGUUUGGCUCGCGAGGGUGUCAGCUUUUCAGUGUUGUGUUUGGCAAGUGUGUUUUCCUGUGGGUCGGGAGGGUGGUCGGAGGCGACGAAGGUGGGACUUGGGAAAAGUGUUGGGAUCGAUCUACCUUCUGAAGGCGAUGGGAGUGAGAUAGCCGCGAGGGCAGAAGCUGCCUCAGGUUGAGGCUUUUGCACAGAGUCGGGCACGGCUUUGCGAUUUUUCUGCCAAAUUCCGCCGGAGUAACAGCCGCGAGCGCCCGGCUUCGACAUAGUUACGCUAUGCUACUCGGGGGAAGUCGUCACGGGGUCAAAGUCAGACAUAGUCUACUACUUCCUCAAGAUGCACCAACGUCGAAAGAUCAGACGAGAAAGCAAGACGCAACUACUGAGAAGCGCCUUGCUUCUUCUAGAUGCAAAGUGUGCCUUAAUCUUAAUACUUCUUAUGAUCUACUAUCAAUAAAUAUAAAGUUGGGAUAUAUGUUCCAGGGCUCAGGGCGGGAGGCCCCCCCCAAUCUAACUUUUUGAGGGGGGGGCCUCCCCGCCCCGGCCCCUCUUUUCGAGGGGCUUCCGGGCGGGAAGGCCUCAAAGCGCCCACUUCUGACCCCUUCCCGCUUCUUGCGUGUACCCUACAGACCUGGCAAAUGUGGCAAAGGCUGGGCUCUCUUGUCGUGUUGCGUGUACCCGACAGAGCUGGCAGAGGAGGCAAGGCGGGACCCACCCCCUCUGGCGUGUUGCAUGUGCCCAACCCUACGCAAAGGGGGUGGGUUCCUGCCUUGCCUCGUCUGCCAGCUCUGUCGGGUACACGCAACACGACAAGAGGGCCCAGCCUUUGCCACCUUUGCCAGGUCUGUAGGGUACAGGCAAGAAGCGGGAAGGGGUCAGAAGUGGGCGCUUUGAGGCCUUCCCGCCCGGUAGCCCCUCGCCAGGCCUGGCCAAUAAGGUGGCAAGGCUGGACCCCUCUGGCGUGGUCCACCCCCGAUCCAUCCACAGGGGGGGCCUCCCUCCCUGGUACAUAUCUGCUCUCUUCUAAUCAGGUCUGGUGGUGCGCAGGUCUACGCCGGGGGUAGCCUCCCCGUCAAAAAGUACCUGUCGCAACUGGAACGCACGCUGGAACAUCUCCUGAAGGUGCAAGCCAAAAUGAUCGACUAAGGCCAGUAUAAUGAAGAAAUAUAAUUCGGACCUGGAAUUAAAUAACUGAGUUACUGACUGAAAUACUAACUAAGGGGCGUAUCUUUAUAAGGCUUCGGCUUCUCUGCCUUCUUUCAGUAUCUCGCUUAUUCCAGUGAGUUACUUGCUUAUUGCAGUUUGUCGGGAAAUCUAUCAAGGGUAGCUCCUGCUCAGUCUAUCGCCGUGGACAUGAACAAUAGAAGCACCGUAAAGGGCUGCGCUCAAUAGAUUCAUCUUCUGCGUUCCCCUUUAUAGCCCACUUCUAGGAAGUGACCGAUUGGAUAGGGGUGGAGUAAGUAGUCACUUGAGGCUCCUCACGAAAGACGGCACCAGAACACAUGGAAACACUCACUCCAUGCCUUAAAGGUCUUGGUCGGUUAUCUUUUCCUGAAUAGAGUCGCUCACUAUAUCAAUACAGACGCUCAUAGAAAAUCAAAAUGAAAGGCAUUCUUCUUGCUUUUGUGUUCUUCUGUGUGUUUUUCAACAUAGGUCGUGGUAUGUCUAUGCGUAUGGCUAACUAUUGACCAUAUUAAAUUAUCCUGCCCCCGAUGUCGAUGCAGGCGCUCUAUGCACCAGUAGACGAAUAUCGUUACAGCUGAAAGCCUAAACGCAAACUCUGCUCUAAGCAGAUGAAGAGACGAGCGCGAAGGCAGGCCCUUACGCUACGUACAACUUCCCGAUCUUUGCCUUUGCCGGGGAAGAGCAAUGUUAAGGCCACGGAUAUUAAAAGGUUAGUGUGUGUCUGCGCUUAUCUCGUCGACGGCCAUCAGGAAAGUUGACAACAGGGGCUCGCGCAUGUAUAUGCAUUUGCACUUAAGCUGCACUCGUCGAUGUCGGGCUAAUAUCAAACUAGAAGUCAGAGUCAACUCUUACAAUACACUCGGCAGCAACAUCCCGCCAGCACUGUGGUAAUCCCUCGAUGCGUACACGUAGAGUCCCUCAUCUUCUUCUUCAGGGGUCACCGCGAUAGUUUUUAUAUUUAAACAUGCCCAUAUGUUAGCGCUAGCAGCUAGCCGGGUAAGACGAUCGGGUGAAGCCGCUAUUAAGUCCGCCGCGAAGUCCGGUCGCCAGGCCUAGACAGAAAGACUGGCAAGCUGGCUGCCGCUGUCGCUAGGCUAGUAAGCUGGCUACCGCUAUGGCUACGCUAGCGCGCUGGGCUAGCAAGGCGCUGCGGCCUCGGGUAAGCUAGGAGACUGACGACGGCAAGGCCAGCAAGCUCGUCAGGCUGAUGGCUAAGCCAGCGGGCUGGCGGUGGCUAAGCUGGCAAGCUGGCCACGGUCACUAAGCUAGCAGGGUGACUAUGGCUAAGCUAGCCGCUUGGCUUUGGCUAUGGAGGAGCAAGCAAGCCAGCCAGGGCGAAGCUAGCGAGGGAAGCUGGCUAUCGCAUCGCGAUGGCUAAGGUAGGAAGGCAAGCUGGCCAGGGCUAGUAAGCGAUACACAGCAGAGCAGGGCAAGCCGGUUACGGCUAAGGCAAUCGAGCAAGGCAGGGGGGGAUAUGGCUAAGCUAGCAAAGCAAGCUGGCUACGGCUGAGCUAGCAAGGGAAGCUGGCUACGCUAUGCAUAGCUAAGGUAGCAGGCUGGCGAUGGCUGACCCUGAUGCGCCAGGCUCUUGAGGUCCGUGAAUGAUUCGGCUGAAGAGGUCGGGCGGACUUCAGGAAGGUGCCCAUGACUAGCCGAAAUCGAAAACUACUGCAAGGGAGGCCCCCUUAAGGGGCCCUGAGGCACAUUUUUGGCCUUUAAGGAAGACUUAUAGUGACUUUUUAUCAUUUAUGAUAAUCAUAGAGCUUCCUGAAGGGAUGCCAUUUCUUCAAGGGAGCCCCUUGAGGAAUGCUCCUAAGGAUUUUAGGGAGUGGGAGACUUGCUUGUAAUCUAGAUACUAGUAUCCCCUUCGUCUUAUUUCAUCACCCAUUUACAUUUUCCACAUGCUACUAGAUUACGGACGUUAACUACUAGGCUGAUGAAUGGGGUGCAAUUAUGAAAAAGGCGCGAGCGACAGCGACGUGAUGCCUGGAAUGAAUUUGCAGAACGAGGCAUGAACUGCGUCAAAAGUCAAGCGUGGCCCGCCGUUCUCAAGUACUUACUUGUAGGGAAUCAGAAUACAACUCGAAGUACAGUAGGCUCUACCUCUAAAGAUGGUUCUUGCAUCCCUAUCUCCUCGACGACAACAAAGCAGUUCAACAAGCUGGAGAUGAUGGAAAGGAAACACCUACUCUGCUCGUGGACGCGGCUUCACAGCUGGUGAUCUACGAGAAAAGCGAAGGCGGACAGCGGCCAGCUCUUGCAGGAGACAAUGCUUGAGGCACAUAGUGCAUCUAGAUCUAUGUAAAUGAGUACUCCUCUUUUAAUACUAUGCCUGCAGUCACCGUGGCUACGCUAGCGCGCUGGGCUAGCAAGGCGCUGCGGCCUAGGCUAAGCUAGCAGACUGACGACGGCAAAGCCAGCAAGCUCGUGAGGCUGAUGGCUAAGCCAGCGGGCUGGCGAUGGCUAAGCUGGCCACGGUCAUUAAGCUAAGUAGCAAGGUGGCUACGGCUAAGCUAGCCGCUUGGCUUUGGCUAUGGUUGAGCAAGCAAGCCAGCCAGGGCGAAGCUAGCGAGGGAAGCUGGCUAUCGCAUCGCGAUGGCUAAGGUAGCGAGGCAAGCUGGCCAGGGCUAAGCGAUACACAGCAGAGCAGGGCAAGCCGGCUACGGCUAAGGCAAUCGAGCAAGGCAGGGGGGGGACAUGGCUAAGCUAGCAAAGCAAGCUGGCUACGGCUGAGCUAGCAAGGUAAGCUGGCUACGCUAUGCAUAGCUAAGGUAGCAGGCUGGCGAUGGCUAACCCUGAUGCGCCAGGCUCUUGGGGUCCUUGAAUGAUUCGGCUGAAGAGGUCGGGCGGCCUUCAGGAAGGUGCCUACGAUCAGCCUAAAACGAAUGCAAGGGAUGCUCCCGGUCCCGUAAGGGGCCCUAAGGCACAUUUUUGGCUUUUGCGGCGGACUUAGUAACAUCCACAACCUAAAUAGCGUGCGUUUUCUUGUUGUUCGUAUCCUGAUGGUGGUACGGGAACGAAAGGCCGCCCACCAUCAUCAUCGUCAUCAUUAUCAUCAUCAUCAUCAGCACCACCACCAUCAUCGCCACCGCCAUCAUCUGCAGAAUUUUAGAGCGUAACGCGAUAGGGACGAACAUCCUGCACCAUUUUGGUUGUGUUUAUUCUUAUCUUGACGCCCUGACUGAGUAAGUAGCUCCCAUUUUCAGAGAUUUGAAGUUAUGAAUGAUUUGCAGUUGCGAGAUAUGAUGCCAGCACUUGACUUGGACCGUUGACCGCACUACAUUGCUUACUUCUGUUACUCGCUUCGAUCUUUGUGACCUCCUUAGCGUUUCGCCUCAGCCGGUGGGUCUGUGUAUGCCUUCACGUGUCACAUCCAACGAAAUAGAUCAGGGCCGGUCUUCUCUCUUCAAAAAAAAGGACUCUGCCCAUCGUUUUGCACAGAGUAGCUCGCGUCUUGGAUUUUGAUAGCGACACUAUGGAAAGCUGUGCGCGCAAGUAUAGCGAUGGAGUCCAGGAGUUUACUUGCUUCUGUCGCGUGUGGUGUUUUAUUAGGAGGGUAGUCAGAUAGUGCCCGUUUCUUUUGACUUAAUAACAUCGCUCGUGACGUUUCGCCAUUUUAUGCAACCUAGGGGGCAGCUCCAUCGCCCACUCACGAACUUAGAAGGGCAGCCUGGUCGCCCACUCGCGGCAUUUAUAAGAGGGCAGCGGCGUCGCCCAAUCGUUUCGACCCUGUAGCCUUAGGCAGAGUUCUCGCAUGGCAUUCAUUGAGUACAGAAGGCGCCUGAUCUCUGUCGCUGGCGGUUCGAGUUUUUUACCUAAGGCCUUUGCACUAAAUGGCCAACGGCUUGCGGAUAGACGUUACGGGUGUGACUGCGGUGCCCGGGGAAAGCAAUCACGUGCACACCCUGAAAGAGGAUGGAAGGCCAUGGGGCCCACCUUUAGAAGCCUGGCGGCCUGGCUGCGUGCAUUUAAAUGCUGCACACUGAGACUAUACAUCAUGUCGCUUGAAGUCUGACGGAUUGCUGGCAGUGGCUCUGUCUUGAGUGGCACCAAAGUAGAAACUUGGAACCAGGGCAGCGCAAUCCCCCACAUCUCUACCCCGAACGAAAACGACAGGCAAGGAGAUAGUGACGAAGUGAAAACCCCCGCGGGGGUAUGGGCUUCUGCUACAAUCGUAGCGGCCGCGGGUGCCAAACUUCGCCGCAUGCUCGGGCUCUGUCUGGGCUUGUCUUGUGUGCUCUGUUGUUAUUCUCCACUCGUUGCGCCCUGGUGUUGUCGGUCUUGUGCGUAUCGGUUGAAGCGAGUGGCUGGAGAGAGAGACGAGCGACAGGCGGGACACUUCAACAGAAAGCAAGAAAGAGAGGAGAGAGCGACACGCGCUAAGCGAAGCAGGAGGCUGGUCGGUUUGGUGAUGUCGGUCGGCUCUUUGUUUGAGUGUUGCGUGGUUGGUUUGAAUUAGUUCGGUCCUGUUGUUCGGUUCCGCUGUUUGAGAGGGUUCACGCAUUGAGCCCGCCCCGCUCUUUCUGUGUUUCAUUUGCUGACCAGGUCCCACCGUGUGGCGGCUGUGGUUAGGCGUUGCCAUUCUGUUCGCCGCGACUGCUCCGCACCGCGCUCAAUGCAUAGUUCUGCCGGUUCUCAUUGAUUUGGAGCAGAGUCUUUCGCGUGAGCCUGUGGCCGCUCCCUUGAUUGCUCGCCCAAUCAUGCUCAAUCAAACGACGCGCGUCACCAUCAUCAUCAUCAUCGUGAGACUUUAUAUUCGCUGGCAGUUCUCCAAGCAUAGCCUCUAGCAGGUUGCUGCUUGAUAAGACUCCCUGCCUCGCGGCUCAAGCUCUCCGGUCGAACUACAGUCGAAAUGUAGGCAGUUCGCGACUUAGUAGGGUGACCAGUUCGCAAAUUACAGGAGGGGCCUGCCAACAUACUGACGCAUAGUCGUGAAUUUAGGACGCAACAUUCAUGAUUUUAUCAUUAGACUUUAUCACCUAUGCAACUCAAGUCAAACCUUCGCAGCUCAUGACUACUAAAUUUCCGCACCCCCCGCCCGUUGGUGCGUAAAUUAUCUUAGCCUACGCAAGGUUCUAACUAGUUUUACUCUGUGAAAACAGAGGCUAGUCAUAUUCGUACAAGGGACAGAUCUAGAUCCAGGCCAGAUCGUAUUCAGGUCGUAUUCUAGAAUCGUGACUAGAUCAGCCUCGCCCUCGCCGAACUGUAGGGCCAUCUAGUCUACAGCCUGGGGCGAUUACUCGGCAUCUAGAGGCCGCCUUAGAGAUCGUCGAGUGUGUGAGUAUCUACCAGGCUAGAGAGCUCAGGAGAGAGCAAAAGGCCAGCCCAUUCCAAAUGGUGCCAGAAUCCAAACGGUGCCAAAAUAUAAAAACUUCCAGAUCUGUAACAGGAGUUCCAGACUUUUAUUGAGAAAGACCUAUCGAAAUAAUAGCAAAAUAGUUGCUAUCUUAUCGAACAAAAGGAGGCCCGAGAUCGCUCCACUAAGUAGCAUUCGUCUGAUCUUACAAGGAAACUGGGUCUGAUCUCUCACCUACUCGCUCGAUGGGAUGUCAUGGCUCAAAGAUCGACACUUGACUCAUUUAAUAUCUUUCGGAGAGGACUGAGCACACGGAUGAGAUAUGCCGUCGGGUCGUGCGCUAUGUGAGUAGAAGGAUACUGGGCGGGUCUUUUAAGAUAAAGGGCAACCUAUUUUAUCCUCGUCAUUAAGUAAGCACUUGCCCGAGACUUCCUCGCAUUGAUCAAGACGGACGGAGACAGGAAAUGUCGCGCAGUCGUCCGCGGAUAGCGUUUGCGUUUGACUUCGCAGGUCGAUUGUGUAUUGGAAGUACCCAGUCGCAGUCCAUAAGUGAUAAGUGCGCUUGACUUCGCAUUUGUUUGACCAUUUGGCUUCGCAUUUGUUUGAACCAUUUGGCUUCGCAUCUGUUUGAGCUUUCGCAUUUGUUUGAAUCAUUUGGCGCCGCAUCUGUUUGAAUCGUUUGGCCUCGCAUUUGGUUGGUUGUGUAUUGGAGUGCCCAGCCACAAUCCAUAAGCACACAUACAGGACUACGCAUUUUAUCCUCGUCACUUUUCGCAUUGGUCCAGACUUUUCAAGAUUUCAGGUUGUAGCCAAGUCAUCCGCCUUGAGACAAUAUAUUCACUGGUAGUGCUCCAAGCGUUGCGUAGUCGUUAGCAGACUACUGCUUGGCAAUAAUCCUUUCUCACGGCCCAGACUCUCCGGCCGAACUACAGUCGAAUAUAGGCAGUCCGCGACUUAAUAGAGACGACUAAUUCGCGAAUCACAUUGCCAACAUACUGACGACCAUAAGUAAUCAAAUCUUUUCACUUCGCUCGAAAUAGGUAUGAUUUCGUCAUAUAUUUCGAGAACUAAUGAAUCUUGCGGCGUGAUAAGGCUAGACCAAACACGUACCAGAGACAUAUCUAGAUCUACGACAGAUCGCACCUAGAUCAUAGUCUAGAAUCGCGACUAGAUCAGCCUCUUUUUCGCCGCGCGGUAGAACCAUCUACAGCACAAGGCGACUACUCGGCAUCUAGAGAUCGCCCUAGAGAUCGUAGAGUGACUAUCUGCCAGACUAGAUAGCUCAGGAGAGAGCGAGAAGAUCACCCCACUCCAAAAAGGUGCAAGAGAGCACUUCAAAAGCAAAAACGCUUCAAGAUCUGCAACAGAAGUUCCGGAUCUUUAUUGAGAAGGACCUAUUGAAAAGCAAUGCAAAUAGUUGCUAUCUUAUCGAACAGAAGGAGGCUCGAGACCGUUCCACUAAGUAGCGUCCGGCUGAUCACAUAGGGAGAUCGCGUUUGAUCUCUCACUUAUUCGCUCGACAAGUUAACACGGCGCAAAGGUCGACACUUGACUCAUUUAACAUCUUUCGGAGAAGACUGAGCACACAAAUGAGAGAUGCCUACGGAUCUUGCGCUAUGUGAGUAGAAGGGUAUUGGACUGGUCAUUUAAGAUAAGUGACUGCGUAUUUACAUACUUACAUAACUCAAGGCAAGCUGGCCUGUCUUUCGUAAGCAUUGUUCUCUUUGUCAUCGCACAUGACUCACGGCCGAUCUGCCGCGAAGACUCUCAAGAUUCAGGACUGUAAUCAAGUCAUCCGCCUAUAGCGUUUGGCUUCUCAUUUGUGCCGAUUGUGUAUUGGUUGGACCCGUCGCAGUCCGAGAGUGCAUUUAUUUGCGACAUUUGUCGACGAGAAACCUUUUGGAGAUGCCUUUGCGCUACAUUUGUUGCUAUUGAAUAUUUGCGCCGGAAAUGGCCACACUUUCAAGACGUGAGACGCGCGCCUUUCUCGGUAGUGUUGCCAUCAUUCUAGACGUUUUAGCUGUGUGCUCUUAAUUGGUUCAAGUGGUGGAGAACGAUGCUGGCAACUAGUGCCAUAAUUUCGGUACUAAUGUAGUUAGAGUAGCGCUGGCAUAGUAGUGCUUACAUUAUAGAAACCUUAAAGCUUACCGCUGUAUUACAUAACGCGCGUUGGUUGUGAGUCUAGCCAGCUCACCCCGUCGACCGUGUAGCACAUACCCCGCGCAUUCUGGUGUAAUAGAGUUUAUCUGGGCGCCUUGGCGGGCAAGCGGAUAUCUCGAGGCACAGCGUAAAGGCUUGCGCCCUUUGUUGGUCGAUGUUGGUCAAUCUGAUUCAUUUGUCGACUUAUUAUAGUUUCUGCUUAAAGAAUGCUAUCCGUUCGCGACGAGUUUGCAUUUAUGCGGAUAUUAUAUUUGCGCUCUCCCUUUAUUGUCUCUAGUAUAUCUACCUUGCGCUAUAUUAGAAUCUACGAACAAAUCUAAAGAAGUCCACUCACGAGACGGCAGCAUCGUGUCAACCGAUACGGAAUCCAUUCACCCCGGGCCUGACCCUACAGGGGGGCCGAGCGGAUGGAGAUCCGGUUGAUCUCGGAAGGCUGGGCAUCUCUGGCGACCCUUCCGACCUGCAUGAUAGUGGUGCUCUCGAGUCUCCGGACCCACGUGGCGCUCCUGGGACUGAUCUUUUCUCUGCAGCUCCGCCUCCGUUCGCCCCGCAACUUCCUGCUUCGGAUCUCUCUCCUAUCGAAGAGCAGGAGGAUGAGUCUCUGACUCUUACUCCCCUUUUGCGCACUUCGACGGACAAGUCUGCCUCCCCGCCGACACCAGACGGGGCAUGGGGAUACUUUAGCCGGACAGCGCUUGUUUGGUGAUGAUGACGAUCCUACGGACAUUGAAGUGCCAACUUCGCAGGAAACAGAUGCGCGACCAAGUGCUCCUCCGGACUCAGGCAUCGCGUAUCCAGCAUCUUCCGCCUCCGCGUGUGAUGUUCGCUCGGGCCAGCAGCCGGCGAGUCUGGAGCCAGCGGAGCCGCCUACUUUUGACGUUCGAGGGAGAGCCCGCAGAACUCUUCGCCUUAGGUCUUCUGACAACACGGCGAGCAGCACUGUACAGCAUCGCGCCGCCAAUUCAUAAAACGCAGUCUAGUCGAGAGCGGUUACCUCCGCGUUUCUUACUGUUCUCACCUGAUCCUUUUCCUUUUGUCUGGUUCGGUUCUGUGGACCUCCAAAGCAGGCCCGCGGCGUCGAGUUUAUUUCGAGUGUCCGCACCUAAAAGGGAUGGCCCUUCUAAAGUAUCACCUCGCUGAUAAUCGUUGUUGAACUCCUCACGAUCGCCUUGCUCCUCAUUGGGUCGGCGACUCUGCGGGCUCCUGUGCUGUCGUUCCUUGUAGAAUCUAUCCGGAUCUAUUGGCUGUCCCUCAAAUGCGUCCUUGAUGACGAAUUCAAGGACCUCUGGCAGACGCCUAUCCGCCUCAAUAUCAAAGGCGAGCCCGUGUAUGGCUGCGUCUGUUUUCGUGGUCUUAUACAUGUUUUCCAUGAAAGUGCCCUGCUGUUGAAGCGGUUUAGGGAUUGCGUGGAAGACUUUGCUGCCAUUGCGACUACUCGGGUCUGGAUUUGGGUAGUGAAGGCGAUCCAGCUCGGAGAUGUGUCCUUUUCUGCUGUUGAGCCCACUGGAGGCGAUUGGCCCUCGAGUUCUCAAACCGUUGCCCAAUCGGCAAGCUCCUCCGUGACUGUAUGUCUCGGAUGGCGCCUCGAUAUGUCAGUCUCCAGCCCUUUUCCAGUUCCGUGAACAGUGCGCGCGCCUUGUUUAAGUCGCCAGACACCGCAUUCGCAAUGUCCCACGCGUCUCUUCCUACCUUCGACUCGAUUUUGACGGCCUUGAAAGCAGUCUGCGUGAAUUCGAAAUCUCUGAGGAACUUCCACAGGGCUUCGCGCUCGUUCAUCAUUGCCACUUGAGACAUACCCGCUUCGCAAGUUAUGGGUGGCGCAUGUCGCUCCAGCGGCUUGGCGCCAGAUCCUCCACCUGUGGCAGACCCGUUAAGGCGGCGGGCCAUAGCCUGGAAAGUGCCCCCAGUUCCAGACACAAGUGAUGAGAUAUGGCUGCUGACCAUGCUCGGAGUAGUCAGCUCCAACGGAAAAACGGCCGAGAGAUUACCACCAGCGACUUCUUCCACCACGAUGGGCGGCACCGAAGACAUGUCUCUGCGGUAAGGGCGCACGUUCUUGGACUUGCCAGGUGAAGGCGUGGGCAUGCCUGCCGAUGCGUCGCCUUUCGGCUGGUAUGUUUCUGCAAAGAUCAGAAAGCUCUGGAAUGCAAGGCAUGCUUCGGGCUUAUCGAUCUCCUUAGCGUUGGUUUUGCUAAUUUCCGCUAAAAAAUUCUGCUCCAAACUAUGCCUGGUAGAGGCUGGCCUCGGUGCUGGUAGAGGUGGUGUCACGGGUCCACCAGCUCCGGCGCCAGACCGGUUCAGGUCGGCUCUGUACUGGUCGGCCGGUAAAUGAGUGCCCGCUGGCGGACCACUCGGCCCCAUCCCAAAUGUUGGAUGUCUUGUUCGUUGUUGUCCCGUUGACCCGGGCCCCGAAAGAGUGGAACUUGCGCUGGCGGCUGCCGGGUGUCCGCGAGUCUCUGAGAUCGAAGGUCGUGCAGGGUGAUAGACCGCAGACGACGGAGUAGCUGUUUCUCCAUAGCCUGGCCUUAGGCUCGGGACGCCACCAGGCGGAAGUGCCGGCGCAUAUUUAUAGCAGGCGCAUGGGCGGCGACUCAGGAGCCAGCCCCGGAGGAUAGUGCGAUGGUAAACUCGUAGCACCGAAGUGGGGGGCUCGUGAAGUCGCUUCAACCUUCGGCGUGCCCUGAGGGGCAAGACCCUGCGCAGGUGGUGCCGCCGUGUCGCUCUGACCGGCCGGCGAGACAGAGUCAUCCUGUAGUGCGGCGAAUGGGCCACCUGUAAGGGCCGGAAAGGGCGCCGCUGUAAGCCCAGGAAUAGCAUAGGCAGACGGCCACAAGAUUUCUGAGGCUUAACAAUUCGCCAACCAAGGGCAUCGGGUCCAGUAGGUGAACGCAUGCUCCUAAAUACAGCCGGCGACGCGACCGUCGGAGACAAAUACUCCACACCACUUGCGGGCGACGCUGACGCUUUACCCUUGUAACCAACAGAGACGCGCUCAAUGCUGAUCGAGCUGCUGCCGUUGCAGCAAAGGCCAUUUGCUCCCUGCUGUUUAAACAGAUCCCAAGCAGCUGACCAAAGUCGAAGAGACUUCGCAGAAGGAGACUCCAGGUGGUGCCUCAUCCGCUCACUGCGAGUAGCUCGCCUUGCGGAGAACGCAGCCCCAAGCAAGACCCCGUGUAAACAAAUCAAAGUAUUUGGCGAAGUAGUCUUGAGCAUCGCCUUCAGUGUAGAGGUAGCGCGAGUCAAACACUGUCCCAGGAGAUCAAUACUUGCCCGCUCUGCGUUGUUCUGGGGACGGAGAAAGUCAACUCGUGGUAGUGAAUAGUUGUCACGAAGACCUCCGCACUGCGUUUCUCCCGUUACCCACACUGGAAACCCAGAAUUAACCGCGUCUGAAAACAGGUCGUCACAAUCUCUAGCAGCAAAAGCGCCUACUCUCCUUGAGCCUUCAACUGCUGUCGAUUCCAAUAGAGGUUGGUGCUCUAAAGGGUCACUUCGGACGCUCCGCUCCGUGUGAAGGUCCUUGAGGGAUGUGCAAGGGCGGCCAGGAUCGUCUCGACCGUCGACGCUCGGAUAGGCGUCGGCAUUCAAGUCCAUCGAACCGUAGACGUUGGGCUGGUGGACUCGACUCGUCUUUGAAUUUCGGUCCGGCUCGUGGUUCUGCAACGGCGAACGCGGCGAAUCAGAAAAGUCCUCAACCUCGUUGACCGGUCCCAGUCGGUGAUCUUGGCAAGGGUCCACAACCGGCCCAGAGCCGACGUUUCGAGGUGGCCCCCGGAUCCCCCUUCUAGGCUCCGCAUCGGUAUCCCGAAUAACCGAGGAAAAUUCUUCCACAUGGCGAUCUCCAGCAGGUGCUCGGGAGGCAGAACCACCACUCCGUCCAGGAUGUUGUAGAUUGGCAUCAGCUGAAGGCAAUUUCGGAGCUGCAGGCAGAUUAGAGGAUCGGGCCUCUAGUCGCGCCAGAGCAUCGUCGAGGGUGUCCUGCUUGCGCUGUAAAUCCGCCAUCUGGUCCGACAAUCUCUUUGCAAACUCGGGCCUGAUUUCUCUUCGAGCAUCUUCGAGAAUAAUCGUCUUCCAAUACUCCAACUGUAGUCCCGGCACUUGUGCCAGACCCAUGCUUCCCUGAUGGUGAGUGUGGCCUUGGUCUGCAUAUAGUGUUAUAUUCCACCUCCUUACAGCCGCCCACUGUUUUGCUCACGCUACUCCUACUGCUUCGCUGAAUGUGGAUUGUCCGACGUGCGGCACAAAGCGCGGUAGCAUACGGAUACGACGCGAGGGAAUGCCGGAUCAAGUUUGGCUCUGCGCCGAUCUGAUUGCAAAGUGGAGGGCUGAGAACGGCGCUAAGAUGCCUAAUGGCACGCGCUUCAACUCAGUGGACAAGAACCAGCUGGGUUACCUUUUCAAGAAAGCUUUGCAGGCCUUUACCGAGAAGGAGUGGCCAUUUGGUAAGACCUUUGCUGAAAGCGAGAGAGUCUCGCAAGCACUACGCGAGGCACGGCUCAUGAAUCACGUCGAAGACCAGCACAAGCCCCGCGUGGGAUGUUCUAAGAUCAGGGACCUAAAGCACAAGAUGCCUCACAAGGUGCGACAUCUCGGAGGAUGGGGUAGCAGUUUGACACGAGACCCGAAGGCUCGAGUUCCGAAGCAGCACUCCGAAACUAAGCCGCCGCGCCAGGACCCAUCCCAGCGGAAGGGCAAGCAAGAACUUGCUGUAGCGACGCCGUUCGGACGCGUGACUGGCGGGACUUUGGCCGAAAGAUCCCGGUCGCUCCAGAGAGCCUCUGAAGCUCCCGCUGCGCCCCGCUCUCCUACGGUUUCACCACCGGCGCCACGUCUUCAGCAGAGGUCUCUGAUCCCGCCACCCAUGCCGUCGGGACACAAGUAUCGGCGUUUAGGGGUAUCCCAAGAGCAUGCUGAUGCCCUUAGGAGGCGCCAUGAGUCCGGCCCUUCGAUCCCGGCAGGGUCACCAUUUUCUUUCGCUAACUUCUUGCAGAGGUUUCUGAUCCCGCCACCCAUGCCGUCGGGGCACAAGUAUCGGCGUUUAGGGGUAUCCCAAGAGCAUGCUGAUGCCCUUAGGAGGCGCCAUGAGUCCGAACCUUCGAUCCCGACAGGGUCGCCGUUUUCUUUCGCCAACUUCUUCUCCCGCUGCCUUUGCGACAGGCGCUGCUUGCGGAGAUGGCGUGGGAGCACGAGCGAAAGAGAGGCCUUUCCGAAUAGAGCUUCAGCCGACAGAGAGGCCCGGACGUUUGACGCAGGCUGUUAUCAGCAAGCCGCUUCAAGGAUUGACGGCGCCGACCCGGAGGACAUGGGCGCAACGGAUGAAGACGACGCUGCGUCGGGCGUAGGGCGCAAGGUAGUCCGAGAUACAUUCGCCGGAGCUUUGCCAAAGGUUGCUACCCCUUUCCCGACGAGUAGAUCUACAUCACCAGACUCCUGCUUGGUGCAUUCAACUCCCGCCCCGCAGUCGGGUGACUUCGAGAGCCUUUGGAAGAUUAGUCUGGCUACGAAGGGCAUGUCUCAACUUCUGGAGAUGGGCCCUCCUCUUGAAGAAAUCGAGGAAGAAGGCUCUGGGCUGCAGAUCCGCGGUAAUAAAGUUAUUGUCUCGCUUCUGUUCAAUGACACCCAGGAGAUAGCGGAACUUUUCCACCCACGCAGUAGCAGCAGUCUGCUCGCCUUCCAGAGGAAACGAGUUCUGGAGGAAUGGGUAAGAAUAGCUGCCCAGGCUGAGACUUGUGUGGAUGUCGGCCCGACUACAGUUGAGGAUGAGGAUGACGCGAUAGCGCACAAGCUGGCAAAGCUACGACGUGCUCACAUUCAGGCAGAGCGCCGACGUCACUAUCUCAACGCUGAGGCCCACUUUACGGAGAGGCUCGGGCUGCGCUGCAGUCCUGCUGAUGUUACAGGACUUUAUACGAGCGAUGGGCCGAGAUUUCGAGGCUCCUUGAAUGCCUCUCCUGAACUUAGUCAGAUCGGUCCUUGAGGCAGGCGAAUUGCUCCAGAGCCAUUGCCAAACCGAAUUGCAGCAGCAGUUGGACUGCCACGGAACGGGGAACAGCCGGACUAUUACGCUGUCAGUAUUUUGCCAGAUUCUGGCUGUGCCGUCGCCAGGCGCUGGCGCUUAUAUAUACGGGAAUUCCUUGGGAGACCGAGGGAGACUAUUUUGAGCACCUUGGAGCGAAGAUUCAGCGCGACAUGAGCCAGGUCGAGUAUGCCGCCUUUGGUUCGCCAUCGGGAGGCGUCCAACAAGGAGUGCUUGAAUAUUGUGAAGCAUCUCUUGCCUUUGCGGGGUAUGAUCUCAAGGAGAAGAAGGAGGGGCCGCUGAUAGACCUCAGAAAAGGGAAGAAGGGGAAGAAGCAGCCAGGAGACCAAGAGGAGGAGAAGGGCAACGCCCUCAAGAAAAGGAGGGCGCCGAGCAGCCCCACAGCAGUGAAGAGGAAGCAGCAACGAGGACAAAGAACAAGGCCGAAAAAGAGGAAAGGAGCCAGCACAGAAGUGAAGAAAAAAGAAGAGGAAGGGCGGAGACCUGGCAAAGGGACCGCCGGGCGAAAUGAGGCCGAGAAGACCACGAAGGGAACAGAACAGCAAAAAAAAAAGCCGAAACGAAGGGGCCGCUUAAGGGGGGGCCCCCCGAUGAAGGGGGAGGCAGUGCAGGAGCGUAAGAGCAGGCGAAAAGAGCUCCCCUCGCCUCCUUGGGGUCCCCCGGAGAGGUGGCGGGCGCGGGUCUGGCCUCUCUCUGCGGGGUCGAGCAGGGGCAAUCUUUUAGCUUAAAGAGGGCAGCCCUCUUAGGUAAAACGGUUGCGGGGAUGGGAUGGCAUUCCGCCCCGCCCGAUCGUUGGGCUUGCAUCAUCAUCGUCAUCAUUCCGCGGGGAGUCUGAUCAUUGCUGGCUCAGGAGUGUCUGCCUUGGUGAAUGUUUGCGCCACGUCAGCGCCAUCAGUGGCCCAAUCGUUCUGAGCUGCGUGAACAAUCUGAAGCCUUGCGCUCACCGGCUCGGCGUCGGUGAAAAGGCUCCGCCCCUCGUGAGGUUCUGCGUGGAACCAUCCGCCAUCAGCCGCGACUUCCGUCGCCCCCAGCGCUUCCGCAUGCGAACCAUGUGCGCACGCGCCGGGCGCUUUCUCUGAGGAGGCGGCUGGUCCUUCGGCGGGUCUUCGUGUCUCAUGCCAACAUGUAGCAGCUACGAGCCCCGCCGCAACCUCCUUUCGAUCGGUUUCUUUCCAAAGGGAAGGCUUGCCUCAGGCUCCUGGUAGCUUCCUAUCAAUCUCGAUACGGGUCCCAGUCUUCUUUCUGAGGCUGGGGCCGAAUCUUGUGUGCCUGCGUCAACGUGCUGGAGCUUCUUCCCAGGCUUUGGCCUACCGCGCGUCUGUUCACUACUGAGCUCAUGCGUGGCCUUGCUGAUUUUCGUCGGUGCGUCCUGAUUCAUGCGCCGGCCCGCGUUUUGUGCUUCUUCGUGUCUUUCGGCCGCUUAGGUCUACCCCGUCUGCGCUUCGCUUGUGGCUGUUCCGACGAACGUGGUUCCUUUAUUUGCUAGCUUUCUUGCCCUUCACUGUCGGGGACUUCCCCCGAAGUUGUUCCUUCUGCUUGUGGUUGUUCCACGCUUCUGCCCGGGUGCUCUCUGGCUUUGUCGUCAGUGCCGAGCCCACCGGAAGAAACUGCACCAGGCGGGCCCUCCUUGGCUUGGGGAUUUUGUUCUGAUGGCUUUGGGCUUUGUUUUUGCUCUUGUGGCCUUUGCUCUCCCGGACUUAUAGCAGCUGCUUCCACUUGUCGCGCAGGCUGCGCCCCAACUUGCUCUGGGGCCACUGAGGACGCUUCCCCCGCUCUUGUCUUUGUUGUUGAUUCAUCCCACACCAUGGCCCUCCCCCUUCGACUCUUGCGCCACAGCUUCUGGCUCCCUUUCUUGCUUCCAAUCCGAUAACAUCUCGGGCGCCUGGCGUGUUCUGAGAGUCGGCGCCGUGUAUGCUGACGCAAGGGCAUCGGGCUCCGCCGUGCUUAGCAAUUCGAAUAGACGUGGGUCCUGUAGGUGUUCAGCUUUGCCGCUUUUAUAGGCUUCGCAGAAUUUGGGCGGGCUUGUCUCGGCCAGGGCAAACGAACCCCGCGGGACUUACUGAACGCCGUGGGGGUGUUUCGUGACGCGUGACGCGUGACGCCCACCGCGUCACGCCUAGACCUAGCUCCGGGGGGGGUGAGGUGUCUGCGUUCAUCUUCAAGCGGCCCGCAGCACGCAGCAACGGACGUGAGGGGCUCGGCUUCGAUUAAUCUAGGGGCCCCCCUGCGUGGAGCUCUCUGAUUUGGCUGGAAGUAGAGAACUGCCAACGACCUAGACUGGAGCCCGCGCGCUUGGAGACCUCGGAGCGCAUCAGGGGUCGCCAGUAUCCCCGUGCCUCUUCAUCAUCUACACGCUUGUGAUGAGUGAUGAAGAAAUCGAGCGAAGACGAGAGGGGGAAGAACUGAGGGGAGCAGAAGUGGCCAAGCCAGCGAACGCGACUGAGGAACCGCGAAAAGGGUGGCAGAACAGCCGGCGCAAAUGGAAGCCAAGGGUGAAGGAAUGGGGCAACCUGGCCCCCGAAGAGGGACAGCCGCCCAGAGGGGUGGCCCUGGGGGGUCCAAGCGCGUGAGGGGCUGACAGAGACACAGGCAGGGCCUUUAGCCUCACCGUAUAGAUACGCUGACGACGCAAGCCCAUUGGGGCACACGGUGGAGGAGACAGCCCGGGUGGUGGAGAUCUUCGAAGAAGUAGUGGAAGACUACAGCAUGAUAGUGAACAAAUCAAGAAAGGAGACCCUCACGCGGGAAAAACUGACCCACCAGACCAGGAGGGCAGGGGACGGCCUCAAGUGAGAGACUAGGAGGCAACGACUUCGAGCCAAAAGGGGCGGACUUGAUUAAAAGAAGCGGGCGCCUUGUCGGGGACAUCAUAAACACCGACGGCGCCACAUAGCCGGAGGUGGCUGACCGGCUGAACAAGGCUAAAAAGGCCGCGAGGAUGGUCAGCCCGCUCCUAAGAGAUGAGGACAUCGACCAACACGGCAGGGGGAUGCUAGUCGAAGCCCUGGGGGGCACCGCCCUACUCUAUGGGCCCGACACGUCCAAACUGUCAGGCCACGACAUGGAGCAGAUGCAGCAGAGCAAACCCAGGCAGGAGAGACCUCGGGAAUGAAGGGGGCGGCCUUACUGCUCACGGACAUGAUGAAAGAGGAGAUCCGCGCAGCGUGCAGAAUCGUGGGGAAGGGGCAGCGCCUGCCGCAGGAGGAGGUAGACAGGGGGGCCCGCCUCCCCACGGUUCGGAGCAAGUGGGAGUGCCUGGGGUUACUUGCAAUAGUCGACAGAUACAGGGGGAAAGAGUGGGGCAGAGGGCCCGGCCUGGGGAUGACCCUCAAGGCCAACGAGGCUGAACGCAAUGCCCGCCAGGAGGGUCAGGGCGAGCACUAGGAGAAAGGGACCGCCGAAGACAUGGAAGAAAUCCAAGGAGAGCCUAGAGAAACCCCUCCAAAACGAACCGGGGGUGGGGUUCCAUAAUAUGGAGGAACGGAGCGAGGUAGUAGAAAUAGCGCGGGACCUGGAGGAGCUGGAAGAGACCAGAGACGCCACCGCCACGCGUACAGACUUGGGUGGAGCGGCUGGGAAUGGCAGACGCGUGGAACCUCGUGACACGCUGCCCGCAGUCGAUCCACUGGGGGGAACUCUGGAACGUGGCGGCGAGAGUCUUGCACAAUACCAGAAGAGGAGAACGAGAAGACAGGGACUGGACGGCGUGCAAGUACUGAGUGCGGGAAGGCUUUAAAGGCACAAAGGGCCUAGGGGCGCACCGGGUAAGGACGGCAAAAAACUGGAAGGAGGGGGAACGCGUUAGCUGUGGCUACCAGGCUGCAAGUGAAAGGGAGCGAGAAUGGAAGGAGGACCGCGGGGACAUGAUGGAGCGGACGCCGGUGACCUGGGAAGGCUCUCGCACUUCCUUGGCGUAGGGAGCGGCGUGCACAUCCAAGACACAGAAGCAAGAGGCGGGAGAGCUCUGCAAACUUGUGGAAGACUGGGAACACUAUGAGCAGACAGGGGAGGCCAUCGACCUAGACAGCCGGCGAGAGUGCCCCUGGGGGGUGAAGAAAUGCCAGGGGGCACAGUCGGACGCUCGCCGCUGCGGUAUGUGCCAGGUGAUGCACGGCACAGGCCAGGCGCGCCAGAAGUGGCUAGAACAGGCCAAAAGGGUAAGGAAGACCGAGAAAAGCUGGGAGGCAUACGCACCACGGGGCCAAGCGAAUGCGCUGGGGCCCGGUGACAAAGGUAAAGACGUGCCCACACAAAGAGCAGGCGCGUGGCUGUCGCUCUAGCUGGCCGGCGGAGAGACCGGGGAAAUGCUGCGAAGGGUGUAAAAGAAUAGAAGGGGGAGAAAUCUGGGCCACCCACUGCAGGGAAGUAGAGGAGAAAAAAAAGGAGGACUCUGCGGGGCAAGAGCAGGAGGAAGAGGCCAAGGCCCAGAGAAAAAGACAGAGGGAAGAGGGGCGGGAGGAUAGGGCAAAAAGAGAGGCCCAACGCAAAGCCCAAGAGAGAGAAGAGUCAGAGGGGAAGAGAAGGGAAGGCAAAAAGAGAACCGCGGGCAAACCGCCGGAGGGACUCAGGGAAGGGAAGAAGCCAAAGGAGCCCCCAGGGGCGGAAAAGACUGGAGGAGAAAAGCGGCUGGCGGAGGGGCCGCUGAUAGUUCUCAGAAAAAGGGAGAAGGGGGAGAAGCAGCCAAGAGACCAAGAGGAGGAGAAGGGCAGCGCCCUCAAGAGUGAGAAAGGACGAGAAGGGGGCAGCGGGGGCACCGGGUAGCCCCACAGCAGUUAAGAAGAAGCAGCAACGAGAACAAAGAGCAAGGCCGAAAGAGAAGAAGAAAGCCAGCACAGGAGUGAAAAAAAAGGAGAGAAAGGGCGGAGGCUUGGCAAAGGGACCGCCGGACGAAAUGAGGCCAAGAAGACCACGAAGGGAACAGAGCAGCGAAAAAAAAAGGCCGAACCGAAGGGGCCGCGUAAGGGGAGGCCCUCUGACGAAGGGGGACGCAGUGCAGGAGGGUAAGAGCAAGCGAAGCGAGCCCCCCUCGCCUCCUUGGGGUCUCCCGGAGUGAGAGGUGGCGGAGGCGGGCCCGGCCUCUCUCUGCGGGGUCGAGUAGGGGCAGCCUUUUAACUGAAAGAGGGCAACUCUCUUAGGUAAAACGGUUGCAGGGAUGAGAUGGCGCCACGCCUCACCCGAUCGGUGGGCUUGCGUCUGUCAUCAUCUUCAUCACCUCGCGCGCUUGGGUCUAUGUCUAAACGUAGCCGCCAGCCCAUCGCUGUGACCAAUGCCGAGAAGUGGCAGAAUGUAGGCUGCUGCGCUUCUCUGUGGUGUCUUCGCUGUUUUUACGUUACCGCCUGGCCCUGGGCCCGUUGGUUGUUCAUUGCCGCGCCUCUGAAGUGAGUGCAUCAGCUGCGUCUGAAUGUGUUGGGGUAAGCGUCUGCGAGUUAGGUCCUUCUGAGUUAAGGAAGGCAGGCACUGGGUGGCCUUGCAUUAGCUGUCGCUGCAUCAAUUGCCUCCCUCGGAGUUGGGCUCUGUCGUCGUCGAGUGGGAUCGCCCUGGAUUCGUUUAAGGCUAAGCCACUCACUUAAUAAAGCGCCUCGAAGUUCGGGGCUUCUGAGCUGCGAGAGUGCUGCGGCUGACGCUGCCAGUCUAGCUCUGCCGCGGUCGGUUUAAGACUGACUAAGAAAGUAAGAAGCACAACGCGCAACCAGGGCGAGCGAAACAGUACGAGCAUGCCGCAAGACAGUCAAGGCGGUGAGUAUUUUUAGCGCAGUCUGUAGGAAAACGACAAGGGCAGCGCCAAAGGGUGGCGCCGCGUCAGCUUAGGUCUGGGCAUCAUGGUUAUGGCUAUAGGUGAGCGCUAGUAUGUGAGUAGGACAAAAGCAAGGCGAAGCAAGUGGGUUCUUUCGUGGUGUUUCUUUUCGAGGAUCGAACCUGUUUCGGCAAAGUCUUCUGCGCUGUGCUUCUGCUCACGUCUGUCCCAAGUGCGUGGCUUGUCGUACGUGAGGAGAGCAGUAGGCUUCGGCCUUAUUGGUGCGGGCAAUAGCCGGCAGGAGAAUCCGAACCCACUGACCCCGGCACACAGACGAAGCGGAUGGCAACGGCGAGCAACAGCUGCAACAUAUAGCGCAGCGCGCUCCGCGUCGCAUUUCAAAAAAAAGACAGCGGCCCUCCGCAUGUAAUAAACUAACGCAAAAGCGAGCCCAAGACCACGAGAAGCAGCCCAGAGGGCGAGCACCUUGCACGUCGGCCCUAGCGUAAAAGCCGCGAGCGUCUGGGCCCGCGCUUGCCUCUCAGGUACUAGCGGCUUUGCGAAGGCCGGCUUGUUCGAUGGAUGGGCUUGCCUCUUCCUUACUACACUAGUGGCGCUUCGACAGGUGGCUCCGACGGGUUGGCUUCUACCUUAGGGAAGACUGGCAAACCUCUUAGGUAAAGCGGCCUCAGGGGUGGGGUGGUGUCUUGCCUAUGAGCGAAGACUGUGCCAAAAGGAUCCCUUCGCGGUCUGCUUAAGCUUUCGGGCUUUCUGCCUAAGUUUUAAGCUUAGGCGUACUCGCCUGCCUUUGUUUAGGCAGCUUUACCGGUGUGCCGCUGCGGCGGAGUCGGUUGCCGAAAAGUUCACCAGGCCACGGCCUAGCGGCUCACUUCUGCGCCCCGGAGCCACUCGGUGGCCCCGGGGCGGGGCGGUGGACUAAAUUCGAGCCGUUUCCCUGCUUAAGCUUCGGCUUCUGCUGCUUAAACUUUGGACUUUUCUGCCUGAAUUUUGGACUUUUCUGCCUAAAGUUUGGACUUUUCUGCCUGAAGUUAAAACUUAGGCAGAAAGGCCGAAGGCUUAGGCAGGGCCCGCAGGGGAUCCUUUUGGCUGAGCUUCGUUGAUAAUCGUGCCCCAUCCGAUCGGUGGGCCUGCGUCAUCAUCAUCGCCAUCGCCUUCGUUGCGACAGCUGGCCCCGGGGGAUUUGCCUCUUGCUUACAAGUGGCGUCGCGACAGCCGGGCCCGAAAGGUUCGCCUCUUGGCCACUAGGUAGGGGGCUGGGCUUCGACAGCUGUGCCCGACGGGUUUGCCUCUUGCUUACUGCCUAGGGGCUUUGCGAAAAGCAAUCGGACUCGCCUCGAGAAACUAGCGGCUUUGCGAGAGGUCAGCGGAUUCGAUUUGCCUCCAGAAAGAGAAGCGGCGUGGCUGGCUUUGCUCCAGAAAGAGAAGCGUCGCGCGUCAUGCAUCAAGGAGAGCAGCAAGAGCUGCCCUUGUAAUAGGGGAGAGUAUGCGGCGGGACUCAUUUGGACAGCCCUGGGGCGUUCGGUUCACCAUGCGGACAAUACAAACCGCUCCGCUUUGUUGUAGCUAGCUACAGUAGAGACUGACGCGGACACGCUGGGAAGCCUUUGGACCCGAUUGUAACCCACGAACACGGCCGGCAGCCACUUUGGUGCGCUCUUGCUGGCUGGGUGUUCGUCUAGAACGAAGCGCAAAGGCCUGGACCUUCUCAGUUUUCUGAUGUUUUGGCUUCUUCUUGUGGCGUCGUUCUUGUGGCGUGGUCUCUGUUCUUGUUCCAUCUUGCUCCUUGGGCUCUCUCGCGCGAAUCGAACAGAGGGGGGCCACGGUGCACAUUUCUGCCCGCUUGCCUUCGGCUCCCCGGGUUAGUGCCUUGACUUUCUUUGUUGCUGCUUCCUUGUUCUCCAAAGGCGCUCGACUCGAGAGAUUGCCGUAGGCGAGUACGGUGGCGCGUACGAAUUGGCUCGGGCGUACAAGUAGGCGAGCAUCUUGGCCCGCUUCUCUGUCUGAAAUUCUGGACCGUUGUUCGGCCGGGUUUCCUCUGGCGGUCUUGUGUGCCUCGUGGUCUUUCGCGUAGCUUCAUCGGCAUACGUGGAGGAUUUUACUGGCAACACCAUCGGGCGCCGAUCAUGGUCAUCAAUGGCCCCAGGGGUGACCCCACUGCCAGGCGUGCUCCCUUGCUGGUCGCUUGCUAGGUCUUUGAAGUCAGCCGGCUGCCUCUGGUUCGAGCGUGUAGGCUUCCGCAUGGAAUGCCUGGCCUUCUUUGCUGCCUUUUUGUCGCAGUCAUGUGUCGCCAUACAGUCGGCGCAGAGCAUGCCUUUUGGUAGGGGUAAGUUAAGAAGUGCGGCCCCGGUCUCUCGCGUCUCAAGACUUCAGGGCGCGCGUUUUGCUUGGUUCUAAUCUUUGCUAUGGUCUUUAACUUCGUGGGCAACCCAGCUCCAAAGGAGGUGGCCACGCGUGGGAGGUGUGGACCGAGCGCCACACUGCUGUCCACAUUAGUCCCACCGCGUAACCCCCCUACUUUAAGGGUGGCCCUCUUGCUCUUCUUUUCACGCCUGACGCGUGGUGCGUCAUGCACGACCCACGACGCGGCACGCGCGACCCACGACUCGAUCAGCGAUCCGCGGAUCGAUCGGUGGCCCGUGGAUCGGUCAGUGAUUCGAGAAUCGAUCCGCAAUCCGUGGAUUGCUCAGCGAGUCGUGGAUUAGUCAGUGAUCCGCGGAUUGGUCAGUGAUCCGCGGAUUGGUGUUGGUCAGCGAUUCGCUGACUCUGAUUGGUCAGUGAUCCGCGGGUUGAUCAGUGGCCUGCGGAUUGAUCAGCGACGGACCCGCUGGCCGCUGCCUGAUCAGUGAUCCGUGGAUUGCGCAGUGAUCCGUGGAUUGCUCAGAGAUCCGCGGAUUGGUCAGCGAUCCGCGGACCGAUCAAAGGCCCGCAGGCUGGUCAGUGAUCGGUGGAUCGAUUGACCAGAGGCCCACGGCUUGGCCAGUGAUCCGCGGAAUGAUCAGUGGCCCGCGGAUUGAUCAGUGACCCGUGGGCUGAUCAGUGACCCGCGCACGGAUCGACAAAGGGCCCCCGGAUCCAUCAAGGGCCCGCGGCUGGAUCAAAGGCCAGCGGAUCGAUCAAAGACCCACGGAUCAGCCAAGGGCCCACGGAUAGGCUGAGGAUUCGCGGAUCGUUCAAGGAUCCACGGAUCGGCCAAGACUGACCACGGGGCUGGGGAUCGAUCAAGGGCCCGCGGAUCGAUCGAAGGCCCACGGAUCGACCAAAAGCUUGCGGAUCGAUCAGAGGUCGGCGCGGCCCGCGGAUCGGUUAGAGGUCCCCGGAUCGCUCAAAGACCCACGGACCACGCGCCGGUCGCCGCGUGACACGUGAAGCGCCUCGUGUAAAUUAGUUGCGUGCUGCGUCACGCUUGAAAUUGGGCCCAGGCGUCUCGUCUCCCCCCCCGCGAAGCUCUCGGCGUCACGCGCUGGGCGUCACGCGUCCCGAACAGCUCUGCGGCGUUCCGUAAGUCCCACGGGGGGGCCCCCCUUCCCCGGUCCCCAGGUGUUCCCCUGUUGGUCUUUUCCGUAUCACCUGGCGGGAUUGACCGCCACCGGGUGGGAAAGAUCGCAUGGCCCCCGCCUGCUGCAUCUGCGGAGCGGAGACGUAGAAAUCUGAUAGCCUUGGACGGUAGACGGGCCCCGUGGCGAAGUUCUCUCAGCGAUCUACUUCUGGGAAUGCCCUCCCGUGCAGUUCCAGGAAUUUCUUCCCCUGGUGCUGAUACUAGGACGCGCCUGGUCCUGAGUUUCUCGAAGUGGUUCAGAUAUGGCGAGUGACAUGGCUCGGCCUCACUAUCGGCUAUCGCAUCGACACGCAGGCCCUGGCUUGCCUGUGUCGGCGCAUUGCGACUCCGUCGCGCGAUCCCGCUGAUUAAUUGCCUGCAUGGCUCUCGCCAUAUGCUGACCGACUUUGGUCCCUUUUAGCCUUUUCGCUGUCUCUGCAUCCGGCUCGGAUGGAUGCGGAAUCGCUACCACUACUAGCACCCUCCGAGGCUUUUCGCCUGUGCGCUUGUUUUUCUUGUUGUUUUGUGUCUCUUCGUUUUUACUUAGGCCGCUUCUGCUAACCAAACACAGGCGGGACACCUUGCCACUUGCUUCGUCUAAAGUAAAGGGGCGCCGCUCUGUACCGGCUUCCCCCUCUGGCUUUCUUCGCUGCUGCUUAGGGUGUCUUGGGUGGUUGCGCUUCCUUGUGCUUCUUUUGCUGCCGCUGGCACUACGCGCUCUCUCGCUUCUCACGCUACUCGACCUCCCUCGGGCCGGCGUGGCGCUUCUGUCCCUCGGUGCUUGUUGUUGUUGCUUCUGGGCUUGCUUCUGUGCUGGUCUUCUCGAGCUCCAGAAGGGCGCCCUCGGCUGCGGCUUCUGUUGUCUUGGCGCUCACGACUCGGACUGUGUCCCCGCAGGUCCUUGCCGUUGUUCUUGCGCUUGUUGUGUGGGCGCCUUCACCUGGGCCAACCGUGGUCGCCUGUCUGGCACUUUGUUUCUGCGCUUCCAGCUUCUCAUCUCUCUGCGAUCCCCUGCGCGGGGUCCCUUCGAGGUAGAAAGAAUCCUGCGCGCCUUGUCGUUCUGUUCUCGUCUGUUUCUUGCUGCCGCGAGAAGACUCUGCUCGCGCUGCUUCGCGCAGGCAUCCACAGCAGCCGAAUCCACUUCGUCCUUCCAGCUCUGUCCAAGAGAGAAGGAGCAAGACCCCCGCACGGUUGCACGGCUGGCCUAGGCUGGUCAGGGCGCUAGCGGUCGCUCGCGUCUCUGGUUUGGCAUCUUUCAAGUCGCGAGCGACUGAAGCCGCCAAACAUUUGAGGGGUCGCCCUAGCCCCGCUGCAGUUGUUUCGCACGUUCUUGGCCCUCUGAAUUCUCGCGGGCGUGCCUGCUAGACCUGGGCAGGCCUUCUCCGGCUCGAGUUUCGAGAAAAUCCCCCGGGCCGUUUCGUGGUCGUUAGUGUCACCCGGGCGGGCCAACUGGUUCGCCUCGCCUUCUAAUGUGUUCAAGUAGAAGGACUCCGCCGAGGGUUCGCGCCUUGGUGCGAGCUCGCUCGGCUUUUCUGGUGCAAGGUGCGCCAGCCAGUCCGCGCCACCACUAAGAAACCUCGAAGGCCUUGCCAAGUCUGACACCUUCAGCGCACCGGCCCGCCAGGUUUUUUCGCGCUCUCUCUCUGUGGUAAGCCUCCUGGCCUCGGCCCUCGUGCUUUUUUACAGCCUUGCGCGCGUCUGCUGCUCGCUUGGUGUCCUCUUCGUCUUUCUUCCGCGCACGCUCUGCGGCUCGCUCCGCCUUACCUUUCCGCUUCCCGUUGGGUUGCUUUUGUGGUUGUUUCUUGGGUGUUUUCCUGUCUAAGUUCUUGAACCACGGCCAUGGUGCCCGCCGUUGCCUCUCGUUGCUCUUGGCUUGCCGUUGCCGCCGAACGUGGUCACCGCUGUGGCCAUCUGGUUGCAAAGCCACGGGCCCCAAGUUCUUGAAUUUCUGGGGCUCAUUCCUGAAACGUCGCCCCUGACGCCGUCACCAAGGCAAUGGCGCCGGGUGGGCCUUGCCCUCCUCGAGGCGGGUAACCGUUGCCGGGUCGACCUUGUCCAACUCCUUGAGGCGUUCGACCGUUUCUGGGAUGGCCUUGUAGUGUCUGGCUCCUUGAAUGAGGUGGGUAGCUGUUUCUGGGUUGACCUUGCUGGACAUGUUGGGCAGAGUUCUGGCUGGGUGCGGGUUGUCCAGGUGGGCCAGCCGCUGGAGGUUGGCUGGGGUGUCCCUUUGCGCCAUCGUUUUCGAGGUUGGCCAUUGAGGAAAGCCUUACGGGUGUGGGUGAGUGUAACUCUGAGAGCUUAUCGAAAGUCCUCCAGACAUCAUGCGCCUGGCAGGCUUGUCCCUGUUGUUGUGGUGGUGGUGUUACCGAGUAACAUCCACAACCUGAAAAGAGUGCGCGUGUUUGUUGGGCGUAUCCUGAUGGUGCGCUGUACACUAACGAGAGGCCACCCAUCAUCGCCAUGCAUCACCUUAGGGGGGUCCUUUUUUUUCGAGCCACGCGAUUCAAUUCAGGGAAUGCGGAGCGCCGAGCGACUUGGCUGGGCUUUGAUCUUCGUGCGUGCGUAGCACUAUCGUGGGUCGUACUAAAUAGGCUGCGGCCCUGCGUGCUCUCAAGAUGAAUCCGCUCACGCUAAUGAAAGGCGGCGAAGCAGGAGGACGGCGCAGAAGAUCCACUUAUGGGAAUGCUGAGCUUGAGCAUGAGUCUAAACUAGUAUGAGAAAGAGACGCAAGCUCGAGCAUGCUGUCUGGUUGCGUGCUGGCUUAGAAAUAUGUAGCAGCUUCGGUAUACAGAAUUGCUAGACUUUGCUUUUCAAUUAGAAGAGUUCGCUUAUCUUGUGCGGGUGCGCAUCUGAUAUGAAUGAUAGCGGGGGUCGUCGAAUGUUGACGAAUCAAGAUUCGCUGGCCUCCUCUAUCACUCAACACCUUACGCGGGAGCUAUAAAACGUCAGAAAAGGUGCAAACGUGAAAAAUUGAACCAGUGAGCGCGCGAACUUUAGCCCCCUCUCCCCUCGCACGUAGCUCCUUUUCCACACGAAUAGGCACGUCAAUCAACCAGCCAGGAGUCACUCAGUCGGUCAGCCAACUAUGUGCGGCCGUCUAAUGAACGGCGGCGCUGGAUAACGGAGGAACAAACAGAGCCAGGGCCAGCUCUGGACUGUGUAAGCGCGACCGCGCCCCCGCUGACCUAGCCCACAAAAGUUCCCGCCCGCUUUGAUUGCGUAACGCUGUGUCGGGCUAAUGAAGGACGAGCCCUCGCGACCCAGCUGAGGAGGAAAACCCCACUCCGGGCUGAUCGCUGGACAAUGUCACGCGGGCACACGGCCAGGCCGUCCGCCUUCUUUCGUGAUCUACCACGCAGGCCCACGCCAGGGCCUGUGAUGCAUGCUGGGCCGGCUUUCGCCGCACUUCUCUACUGCCGGAGGAGCCCGCUACCCGCCACCCAUCGCGCCUCCCGAGGCUGAGUCAUGGGAAGGCGCAAGGGCCUUGACAGUACAGCACUGCGACUGGUGUGAGGGGGUCGCGUUGGGCUAGGCCCGCGGGCCGGGUGCUCACCUUGGGGGGGUGUGGUCCUCUAGUAGGGCCGUCAGGUCUCUGCGGAGUGAGGUGCAGCCUCGUGGUCUUAGCUCGCCCUAGAGUCUUUACUCGGUUUUUCUCUUCUUUUCUUUUCUUCUUUCUCGUUUCUUUUUGGGCUUUCUUGUUUUACUUUUCUUAAUUAUUUCCGCCUUGGUGCUAAGUCAGACUACCACGCGGCCGUCAGUCUUGCCCCUCUUCUUUUACCUUAGCCCACUCCCCUGCCCAUCCAGGAGGCCAAUCGCCUGGAACAGGUUGCCAGACGGUGCGCUGGUGUUGGUGCCCCAAGCGCCGCCCAGCGCCUGUCUGGUUCGGGCCGCCUUGCUAGCGCUGGCUUUCCACUCUGGUGGCGUGUUCUCCUCCUCCUCUGCCUUGCUUGGCUUUGGCUCUUUCUUUUUCUUGGGCCAAGAGGGAGGAAGGUGUGCUCGGGAUACCUAGCGUGGCCAAGAUGCGGUCGGUGUGCCUCUGGGGUCCUUCGCUACCAGUUCGACCGGGUCCGCCAUGGCGUAGGCAACAUGCUGUGGCGCCAGUGAGCAAUCCGCGAAAAGGUGACCAACCAGCUGACAGCACAUUUCACCCCUGAAGUAGGCUCCCGCUAGGACACUUCCACCAGAGGCUCUGCGGGUCGGAACGCUUGCCGAGCACCUCGCAAACAUCGAGGGCAACCCUCCGGCCAUGACCAUCGGGCAGAGCGCGUCGGCUGGCAAGAAGUUUUCUCCUGACCAGAUGGAGAAGACCACUCUCUCCUGUACCGGGGUUAGCCCUGCGAGAGGGGGUCUGCCGAGCCUUCUUGCCUUGUAGGUUGGUCCCCCGGAGAGUGGUAUCACCGGCGGCAGGCAAGGCGUUUGGCCCGUUAGCUGCGUUGCGCCUCUCGCGGCCGGUGCGGCAGCGGAAGGCGAUCCCCCUUUUCGUGAGGCAACGCAUUUCGGUGGGCGACGGCCUCUCUCAGUCAGUCAGCCAAUCAAUUCUAAGAAGAGGCAAGGGCUUACCGAUGGCGUUACAACGACACCGACAUGGAAACACAUGACUGGAUACUUGUGCGCGAAUCUGCCACCAGGACCAAAAGGCAGGCAAAAAUGUUAUGAAAAAGCAACUGUGCACGAAUUCCGGCCCCAUGCGUAAAAGCUAGUUUGUGUCUAAGCACGUGCACGUGUAACAGCGUGUAUGCCUCUUGUAGUUGCUAUAAUGUAUCUGAAUUGACUGAUAUUAUACAAGGCAAAAGUGGAUGCGUUAGCUGUAGCGGCAAUAGACUCUGUUAGCGGUCUUCCAGUUCCACUCCUUCGAGAAAUUUAGACUUUAGAAAGCCCUAGGUAUAUCUCCUAAUUAUAAGUGCGUGCGCUUGUGCAGCUGCUCUCCUGGGGCUGCUACAAGUGCGAGUAUUUUUUGAGGCAUGGUAAAUAACAAGUCAGGGAUGCUACCUAGGCACUUUUUUAGCCCAGGGCUUUUCUCGUUGCAUAGCCUUACUUUUUGUGUUGUCUUCGGUCAUUCUAAUGAAGUGCGAAGGAGCAUGACAAGCGACGCGCACAGAUGCCCCCCAAGUUAUGGCCACACGCAUCUUCAAAAAGAAGGAAGCAAUGGCGUACGUACAUUCCUGUGUGUGUUUUAUACCCUUGAGGCAUCGCGCAUACAAGUAUGAGCAGACACGUCGCACACUCGUGAGGGAAGCCCAAGGCCGGUUGCCUUCCUGUCAGUGCAUCGGGUGAGUCUAAGUAGUUACUUGCUGAUUUGGAUUUCAGUACUUGAUGUCCUGACAGUCCAGUAGCUGACUCCUCCAGUAGGACAGCAACCCUCUGACAGUCCAUCAUUUAAAUGCCCUGAACCCUCUGACAGUCCAUUGCUUGAAUGCUCCAGGCAUGUAGACACUAGGACAAAAAAGAAGUUCAGGAACAGUACAGAGGCAACAUGGCAUGGCGUAGGGCUCUAAUCUACAAACCUGAGCCGCGCGAGAUUAUGGACGAAGACUGUGCCAAAAGGAUCCCUUCGCGGUCUGCCUAAACCUUCGAGUUUUCUGCCUAAGUUUUAACUUUAGGCAGAUCCUGCCUUUGUUUGGGCAGCUUUAGCGCUGUGCCGCUGCGGCGGAGUCGGCUGCCUAAAAGUUCACCAGGCCACUGCCUAACGGCUCACUUCUGCGCUCCGGAGCCACCCGGUGGCUCCGGAGCGGGGCGGUGGACUAAAUUCGAGCCGUUUCUCUGCCUAAACUUUGUUUUUUUCUGCCUAAAUUUUGGAUUUUUCUGCCUAAAGUUUGGACUUUUCUGCCUAAAGUUAAAAUUUAUGCAGAAAGGUCGAAGGUUUAGGCAGGGCUCCCAAGGGAUCCUUUUGGCUGAGCUUCGUUUAUCCACGCGAUACCGAUGGGGAAAGGGAUAGCCCGAGAAGAAGCAGCGCACAUCUUAUACAUCAAGGGCCUCGGGGUAGCGAAAGACAAGCAGCAUUAUGACACGCAUGACAGACAAACUUGCUUCUGGCUCUUCAGUAGUCAGCCGCGUCUGUUAGCUUUUCUAGUCGACCCGCGCCUAACCUAAUCUAACCUCUCACGACAUUUCAUAAGCCUCAGAAGAGGCCAACUCUCCACUCAUGUCAGAUUUAUGACAUUUAUACCCCUCCCUUGCCCUUCAUCCCAUACUCCUCAGGCUAAAAAGAAGAACUAAGUGGGACAAAAAGUAGACAGGGGUAGUUUUUCCUGUGACGGUAUGAGACCAGUUGUCACUGAAGAAAAUAAGCAUUAAGUGAUCUCUAGAGAACUUAUGACCGCCGUUCAUUUCUUGUGUUUCGGAUCGCCUCUGCUCUGGAGAACGCUCUAUCAACUGGGUUUCAGAAAGUUCACCCGCCUUAUGACCACAGGAAGCAGCGACGAAGAUAAAUCAAUGCGAUUGAGCAUGAGCAUUCUGGGAUAGGCAUCACGAUGGUGACCAUUAGCCUCAUUUUAUCUAAACCUGCAGCUUCUUCUCUCCUUUAUCUCUCACUUUUCUCAGGCACUUAUCUCACGCUUACCACGUUAUUAUAGACCCAAGACACCUACAGUCUAGACGACACCUCUAUUAUAGAAGACUCAAGAUCAAGAUCUCAUAUUAUAUUAUAUCGAAGCUCCAGAUAUCCCGGGCACAGCUAGACUAAGCACCUUGCGACCUGCGAAGCUUCAUUUUCAAGAGCAGGGCUAGUAGGCUAGUUGACCCAGCGCCUAUUUCAUGAAAGGCGCAAGCUGGGUAUCUAUAGGCCCCCCGGCCACGGCAUAUUAUUACUUUCCAGUCAGUCUGUCAGGCGGAGGUGAAGGCAGGAGACGCUCUGCUGCUUACUUAUAAUAUAGCGGACAAAUCUCAACAGCGCGUCGAGUUUUUUUUGUAUUGUAUUGUUUGACGCAGGGACGGAAAUUAAUUUCUCACGAACAAGCUAGCAAGGAUCUCAGUCGCAUAGCUUUUUUCUCAUUAUAUAUAGACAUGCCCAGAAAGCGGGCCCACCAAGGGCCCGCUGCGCUGGGCAUAGAUCGGCAGCAACUAGACAGACACGAGCACGGCGGCCAUGGCCGAGCUAGCGAGCAGGCUCGCGGGACGCGGCAAAGCAAGUUAGAAGGCUGGCGAUGACGAAGCAGCUGCUGAGCUAGAUUGCGCUGGUGGGCUCGAUAGCUACGGCGCAGCAGCUAACAGGCUCGGCAUGCCUAAAAAGCAGCCACCAAGCCGGCUACGCCUGCUGAGCAGCUAGCAGGCUAGGCAUGCCCGCUGAGCAGCUAGCGGGCUAGCUAUGACCAAUCCGCUACCUAACUAUGGGCGCAACCGCAAGCAGCUAGCGGGCUCGCUAUGUAUGGCGAAGCUUCUCGCAGGGUAGCUACGGGCAAGGGGUAAGCUUGCUAGCAGGCUAGAUAGCUAUAGCCAAGCAGCUAGCAGGCUAGCCGUGGCUGCGCACUUCUUAGCAAGCUAGCUUUGGCUAAGGUAUGUAAGCACUUAGCAGGCUAGCCAGGGCUAAGCACCUAGCAGGCUAGCUGCGGCGAGCCUAGGCAGCUAGCUACGUACGUGCAAGCGGUAAGCCGGCCAGUUAGCUAGGGCGCGGGGCCCUUAAGGGAGGGGAGGGCCUUUAAGGAAGGCCUUACUAUCAGCCCAAUUUUAUACCAGAGCCGCUGGAAGGGAGCUCUUUGAGAGUUCUCUUCGUCUUGUAAAGGAAAGCGAUUGCAACUUUUUAGAAUACAUAGAAAACCCCUUAAAGAUUUUCGUUUCCUCAAGGAAGCCUCGCUAAGCAGGCUCCUCAGUUAAGGGAGGCUCUUAAGAAAUUCAGACUAAUCUGAUUAGGCUUAAAGCAGAUAGGCUUAUGCUAUAUAUAAGUAGUAAUAUGCUUCAGUGUUCAGGGGAGCGUCCCCCCGUAGCGUAGGGGGGGAGCCGUGGACCCCCGGACCCCUUUUGGAGGCGUCUGCCAGGGGUGGAAGGCUUCAAAAGGGAUCCAAGAAGCCUCCUCUGCUCCUUUCCAGCUGCCUGCUUGUGCCUUACUUACAGGCCUCUGGGGUGGGUGAAUGGCUUCAAAACAAAGGGGCCCAAGGGGCCUCCCCCGCUCCUUUCCAGCUGCCUGCCUGUACCCUACAGGCCUCUGAGGUGGGUGGAAGGCUUCUAAACAAAGGGCCCCAAGGGGCCUCCUCCGCUCUCUUGCAGGUGUCUGCGUGUAGCCUACGGACCGCCUAUGCAUGUGCUUCGCCGCCGCAGCAGUUCGCUGGGUGUGGAAGGCCUCCGAAGGCGGCAAAAGGCGCAAGGCUGGGCCCGCUGGGCUGUGUGGCUUGUGCCCUCCGGGCCCUUGGUCAUCGGCUUGCUGUCUCUUGAGAGCGCGGGCGCCUUCGGCGGCCUUCUACCCUGGAGAGGGUCAGCAGAGGCCAGGAGGCCACGGGGGAACCUGCCUGAGAGGCGCAAAGGGACGCCCGCGCCAAGUUUUGUCUGACGCCUUCCACCCUGAGAAUCCGCGAAAAGCCGAGCGGAAAAGAGCGCGCGAGCGCCACCGCAGGGCCAUCCACAGGGGGGGCGGUGUGCGUCCUUGUGUCAUAUAUUGAAUCAAAACCAAUGAGAGAGCACGAAUGUGACCCAUGAAGAUGGAGAAGGGCUACAUCAUCUACAUUUGCAGCGCCCGCACUUGUUUGAAAACUACCUCAGUACUAGCACUAGUACUACGAGUAGUAGAAGAAUGAGGAGAGCUUGUCUAACACUCCGCAACCGCAAGGGCCGGCUGCUGUAGGCGGUUCGGGUAGUCCUAGGGGCACAGCAGUCAGAGAUGCCUUCGAGCUGACGGACGACCCGAUGCUGCCUUUAUGCGAAAGGGAAAGCCAACUACUAGCCAUUUUCAGAACCAACUAGAAGGCGGCUCUUCUAUAACAACUGCUAGGUAAAAAGCGCUAUAACGUCUCUAACAAGGUCCUAGUUCUGUUCAACUGCGACAGAGACCCAAGAAGCAUGACGCCAUCAGUUAUUGACUAACCCAAAAUAGGGCGCAUACAACUCAGAGAUAUGUUGGAAAGUACUCGAAAAGUUGUAAAAGUAAGGGAAUGCUGGCACUGCAGCCAACCCGAAAAAACAGCGGCACUACGACGCCACCCCCCUUUCAGUAUUCCGCUUGCGUCAAGUAUUCGAAAGCUAGAAAUAGCCGAGUUAGUGACUGAAAUAAGAGCGCUACCCUAAAGGACAUUCCUCCUGAGUUGAGUAUCAAUCUCGGCGAGUCUGUUGAUCGGCUCCGCGCUUAUUUCAGUUGUUCAAGUACUAGGCACUUUUUCCUUAUUUCUUCAGCUUCAGAAAAGUUACUUUUUGCUUUGAUAACUCAUCCUGGAACUAGCGGUCUUCUAACGGAUGUGGACCUGGCUGACUUCGCCGCGUUUCUGAGCAGCGCUGGAACACUGCGCGUCACGGCCGAGGCCAGCGCCGUCGACUAGGGCAAGAACCAGUUUAAGUUUACUACAUAGUAUGCCUAUGCAUGCUCCCUGUAGCACAUGCGGUGAUAGAUUCAGAAAGUCGUAGUCUAUCAGUCUAUCCAUAUUUGGAACUGGCACAAUCAAUAGAACUCUAGCACAAGUUGAAAUAAGAGAAAUUGGGCCUAUAAAUGACUUUACAUGACGACCGCGCGAAAAAUGCAUGCAGUGCACUUCUACAAAUCCAAAAAAAAGGCUUAUGUAGCUUUCGCCUAGUGGUCUUCUCUUACUGGAGGAGCAGGGGCAGCAGGCUCGCCUUCAUCUUUUUCCUCCUCCUCUUUUUUUUUCCUUUUUCAACACUGAUAUAAACCUGCAACUACUGCCCCUGAGCGCCCGGCAGCAGUCCUCCCACUAGGAUCAUCCACCCCCGGCACGGACUUCCCCAACCCCGGCGUGAUUGCGCUUCCCCGGCUCCUCCCCCGCCCGCGCGCCAAGCGUCUGGCGGCGUUGGUCUUGCUCGUUGGGAAAAGAGCUGGGAGGGGGACGGCGUGCGGCCAUUGAUUCAAAUGAAGGCACAGGCCGAAGCCGCUGGCUUGCCGGUGUGCUCUCCUUUUGGUAGGUUUGGCCUUCUUUGCGUGCAGGUUGCAGCGCUCGCGUUUGCAGCUUGUCGAGAUCCCUCGCCCUGUGAUACAGUCAAUGGCUUCCGGCGGGGAUCGCUUACGCUUCGUCUCUAUUGGGUAUGGCCAAGGGCUUUGGACUUCCAGGCCCAAGCUUGAAGCUUUGAGACACUGGGGCGCCGCCUUUAUUAAUCUUAAGCGUUCACCCUUGGGCCUUUGGGCUGGGGCUUUCAGCUUCGCGCUUUCAGUUUUGAACUUUCGGCGUUGUCUGGGCUUUUAGUCUUGAGCCUUCAGCCCUCACCUUUGGGCUUUGAUCUUUACACUUUGAACUUCUGACUUUGGGUCUUCAACUCUGAAGCUUCGGCCUUGGGCUUUCAGCUUUGGGCCUUCAGCUCUGGGCUUUCGGCUUUGGGCUCUCAGCUUUGGCCCUUCAGCUUUGACCCCUCAGCUUUGGGCAUGGGCCUUCAGCUUUGGGCGUUCGAUCAGCCGGCGGCGGCCUUGCCAGGAGUUGCUCUACAAAGUUCCUCAAAUUCUCUCAGUUUUUUCUUCUCCCUAAGCUGUGAACAGGCCAGCGCCUAUCUAGCUGCAAACCAACUGCGGCGCUGGUUUGUUCCGCUCUCGUUUAUUCUUACCGCUAUACACCAAUGAGGAGAAGUAAAAGCGGUUCAUCUACCUACUUCCAUCAACUUCAGACCAGCUUGCUGCUCAGAACUACAUAGUUAGAGAGGUAAAGACGCUAGAGAAAUGGGCUCGCGCUUGCGUCUCCUGUAUGUAUUCAGGGUAGGUAGAAGUGGGCGAAGAAUCCACCUAGUCUGUCUAAGUCCAGUCUUUCGAUUACGAAGAGCUAUUCAUAACUUCAAAAAAGCCAUUUAGUUCGCCCUGCUUCUCUCCUUCUAAGAGUAAGGAUCUGGAACGGCGCCAGGGGGUGCGCCUGCGCCUGUGAGGAGUCAAGGAGUGACGACAAAGCUAAAAUCACGCAUUACGAUGGCGGAGGCGCUUCACGAUGUGCAGUUCGACCUACAGAUUUAUGAGCUGGAGUAAUUUUUGUCUGGAGAUGGGGCCCCCGCUUUCUUCUUCUCCUUCUUCUUCUUCUUCUUCUCUGUCAUAACAGUCCUGCUCGAAGAUGUCGGUCUAGAGUUUUGCUCUUAGCCUUAUUGAGGCAUACGCUGUUGCCUCAAAUUGAGCACGCUACAGCGACAACUCAUAGAGGCAUCGCUUUUUUACCUGGAUAGGCUCCAUGGCUGCUGGCCUUUGACCUCAAAGCAACAAGGGGCGCAAGCACUAGGCCAAAGCCUCUGGUCGCAAGUAGCAAACCACAAGCGGGCCCGCUCGUCAUUCUAUAGAUGCGAGGACCAAGAGGAACACGCGAAAGACCGCAGACAACCCAGCACGGGGCUAGGAUAGCGGGCAGAAGUCGCCAGGGAAAUCCUAGGCAGAUUGCCGAAUAGAUUCGCGCCAUCUCCAUCAAUAGGCUCACUGGUGCGGCCUGCGUUGUGUUUGUGAUUGGUCAGCUAAGGUUAUUGCCGCCCACGUGGCGUGCCCCCCGCCGCGUGCACACACGCCGGGGGCGCGUGGGGGUCGGCGGAGGAGGUGUUGCAAGGUUUACAUGCUACAUGCACGAGCGAUGGGGCACAGCCUAGAUCUUGAUGGAUCAUCUAGUGUUAUUCUGUAUCGUACUAGUGAACUCAUGCGUGAGGCCUCUACUUGGGUUCCCCACUCUAAUUCAACCUCAGCACUAGCGGAGCCUGCGAGUUCGUCGUGUCAGCAGUUGGCGCUGACAAAGAAACAGGCAACAAGGAACUUGAAAAAUUUCUUGAGAAAGAAGAAGCGCCGACUUAUGAAGACGAUAAAAUGUGUUAG